GUGUUAACCGUUCCAGGCAAAAGGACAAAGAAAAAUUUCCUCUUCUAACACUACGUUCUUCAGCAGGCUUGUGAUCCCACAAAGAACUUUGUUGUCAUGGUAAGUGCAGACUUUUCUAAUUUUCAUCGGUUUCACUGAAAUAGUUAUUAAAAACUAAAGUGAUAAGACAGCUGUAAGACUGUUUUGCAGCAGCGGUCAUGAGUGGCUGAUGCAUGCAUUUUCAUUUCAUAUCUUUGAAAGGAGAGCUGUGUAGCAUUCUAAGAAACUCUUUCAGCAAGACCAGCCGAUCAGGCUACACGCAGCUUGUGAUCUUCUGAGCCAAAUGCUGUCCAUCAGCCACAACCUGGUGCCUCACCUGCAGAAGGUCCAUGGCCCAGUGGCAGAGUGCAUGUUUUUCAUUCAAAAGGUUCCAGGUACAGUGUCCAGCAUCUAUAGGCAUGGUGGGCAGAGACUGCUGUCUGAAACCCUGGAGAGCUGCCGCCGUUCAGAGUAGAAAUACUGAACUAAGUGGACCAAUGGUCAGAGCUGCUGCAUGGCAGUUUCCUAUGUUCCCGUGACAAUGCCUUUUCUUUUCUUUGUGCAAUUUGAGACAGGCUGCACAAAUGCAUUUCUCAAGAGCCUGGUGGUCCACCAUGCAUACGUAGCUGGUGGGCUGCACUCGUCUCCAUAGAUCACAAGUUGUAGAUAAAACUGAGUUGUGUUGUGGUUGGAGGAGGGGCGGUAAAUGUGCCCUGCAGAUGUCCUGGACUGGAACUCCCAUCAGCCCCAGUCAGGAUGGCCAAUGGUCAGGGACGAUGGGAGAUAAAGUCUACAACAUCUGCAAGACACCAUGUAGGCUACCCAUGGGUUAGUGUUGGGCUAGGAGUAUGGAGCUCAAAUUCCUACCUAACCAUGAAGCUCAUGGGGCAAUCCAUACCAUCCAAGUGUCCCUAUUUUCCAAGGCCAGUCUCGGAAUUACAAGAGCCUUCCCAGCUUCUGAUUUGAUCCUGGAAUGUCCCUAUUUCCUCCACCAGCGCUGCCGCUGCUGAGCUCAGGGCAGAAGAUGUCCUGAGCAGUGGCAGCUGCGAGGAAGCACCCUGUUGCCUCUCCUUGGCCUCCCCAUGGCUGCCGCUGUAAGCCUCCUCCCUUGGGCAUCUCAUAGCAGCUGCUGGAGAGCAGGCAAGAAGGAGGAGAGGCUAUGGUUGCCAAGGCCUCAUAUGAUGCACUGGCCCCGAGGUGCAGGGAGAGGACAGGGUCUGGGUGGGAAGAAAGAGGGAGCAGAGCAAAGUACAAGAAGUCUAGAUUUUUUAAAAAAAAUAAAUGCUUUGUGCAUCUGCAUCUAAUCUUGCCCCUUUCUAAAAUGAACUUACAGUGGUACCUCAGGUUAAGUACUUAAUUCGUUCCGGAGGUCCGUACUUAACCUGAAACUGUUCUUAACCUGAAGCACCACUUUAGCUAAUGGGGCCUCCUGCUGCUGCCGCCGGAGCAUGAUUUCUGUUCUCAUCCUGAAGCAAAGUUCUUAACCCGAGGUAAAAUUUCUGGGUUAGCGGAGUCUGUAACCUGAAGCAUAUAUAACCUGAAGCGUAUGUAACCUACCAAAUAAAUAAAUCUACCAAAUAAUAAAAUAAAAUAAAAUUGGGAUUAAGAGAUUUUCUCAGGCUGGUGGAAGGUGUGUAUGCUGGUGUAGUGGUGAAGGAAACUCUCUGCAGGGGUUGGGAUGACAAAACUGGGAGGUCGAGGAGGGUCAGUUGCGGGGGAGUGAGAAAUGUCCCUAUUUUCACCUGAGGAAUGUUGGAGGGUAUGGGUGAUUGUGGACUAGGAUCUCUCUUCCAGCCUAACCCACCUCCCAGGGUUGGUGCUGAGGUAAAUGAUCUAGAGCAGGCAUGUCCAAAGUCUGGUUCCACCCGCCCCCCCAUCGAUUUAAUUCGGGCCCCGUGGCAGUAUAUACCCUAGGGUAAAAUCACAACAACUUUGGUCAGCCCUCACACAUGUUCACUUCAUCAAAUCUUGCCCUCUUUGGAAAAAGUUUGGGCACCCCUGAAUUCUAGGGGGUGGAGGAGAAACAACUUACAGUGGUACCUCAGGUUAAGAACUUAAUUUGUUUCGGAGGUCCGUUCUUAACCUGAAACUGUUCUUAACCUGAGAUACCACUUUAGCUAAUGGGGCCUCCCGCUGUUGCCGCGCCGCUGCCAAGCAAUUUCUGUUCUCAUCCUGAAGCAAAGUUCUUAACUGAGGUACUAUUUCUGGGUUAGCGGAGUCUGUAACCUGAAGUGUCUAUAACCUGAAGCGUCUGUAACCCCAGGUACCACUUUACAACCCUUUGAUAUCCAUGGAGGAAAGAUGGGAUCUAAGUAUAAUUCUUAGAAACAUGAUAUGUUACUGAAGAAUAUCAAUUAAAAUUGGUGGCAAAGUGGCGUGACUAACAUUUGCAUUACUUCUCUGCAUAGUUUUUAUGUGAUUUCCCUUGACAGAGCAGACAUAAGGGGUUUGCAGAUAAAAUGAUUAAUCAGCCCAUCUUUUUGUAUGAUGAGACCAAAUGUAAAUAUAAGAUAAAAGCCAGCUCCAGUACGGUACUGUUUUAUGUACGCAUUGUUCUUUUCUGGGGCUGAGGCUUUGACUGGAUUGAGAAAUUGUCUGUGGACCUGCGGUCUUCAGACCUUCCCCUGAAGAUCCUAAUCAGCUCUGCACCUCUCCCACCUAACUCUGGGAGUUGAGAAAGAGUGAUGUAACUUCAUGCAGUGACUUCAUGCAGUGAUUCCCUCUGUGUGUGUGUGUGUGUGUGUGUGUGUGUGUGUGUGUCCUUGAGUGUGUGAGAGAGACUCUUAUCAGUGUCCACCAUAGUCUGUGCUUAAAGGUAAAGGUAAAGGGACCCCUGACCAUUAGGUCCAGUCGUGACCAACUCAGGGGUUGCGGUGCUCAUCUCGCUUUAUUGGCCAAGGGAGCCGGCGUACAGCUUCCAGGUCAUAUGGCCAGCAUGACUAAGCCGCUUCUGGCGAACCAGAGCAGCGCACGGAAACGCCGUCUACCUUCCUGCCGGAGCAGUACCUAUUUAUCUACUUGCACUUUGACGUGCUUUCGAACUGCUAGGUUGGCAAGGAGCUGGGACCAAACAACAGGAGCUCACCCCGUCACGGGGAUUCGAACCGCCGACCUUCUGAUCAGCAAGUCCUAGGCUCUGAGGUUUAAUCCACAGCGCCACCCACAUCCCACUAAGUCUGUGCUUAGCAGAGCAUUAUAGAGAACCGCCAACGGCCAACCAUUGAACCAGCAUAUUGUAGGAAGGAUUGCAACAUGGGCAGGCAUCUUGCUCAUGGCCGAAGUGGCCUGCUUACGCACCAUACAUUCAAAGCGCAUUCCCAGCCCCUCCCUCCAAACCCUGGACACUGUAGUUGGUGAAGAAUGCUGAGCAUUAUAGUUCUGCGAGUGGUGAACUACAGUUCCCAUGUUUCUUCCCAGUGUCCUAGAAAUGUGCUUUAAACUUAUGGUGUGUGUACACCUGUGGACAUUAGGUAGGAGAUGCAUGAACAUCUCUUUUAUGGAAUCAAAUUGCAGUUUAUGUUCUUCACCCAUCCACAAGAAUAGCCAGCUUUGAGAAGUAGGGAAAUACUUUUUCUUUUUUUAAUUGAUAAGGACUUUCUUGCCAAAAUCGUUGUAUUUGAUCUCUACUGGCCUUUGAACUUCAGCAGCAAUCCUGCUUUUACAGUGAAACAGCAUCAGAUAAGAACAGCCAGGGCUAUCUCAAGUGUGGCGAAGCCCCUGUUUCCAGGUUGUUUGCAGCCUGCAGUUGGGUUUCAUCAGGUUCUCAGAGCCCCCUCCUGCCUAUCAGCUGCGCAGCAGGGAGCAAUUAAGAGGUUUGAUAUUCUACAAGUGUGUGCAGUUUAGACAUCUUCCUCCGCAAGUUUUUAAGCCUUGCUUCACAAGAAGAUCAAAGCAGGAGGGAAAGCGUUUCAGCAGAGAGGUAGUCUUGAGUUCCUUACAAAUAUGCAAAAAGUGCUCAUGCAUUUUGCAAUCGUAUGCAUGCAAUUUUCAGGAUGAAAUUGCACUUUGAAACGUGAGGCUUUCUAUAGGUGAAAGGAGAGUGUGCACUGAUGUCUUUUGCACUCUGCUGCUGGGAUCUCCGAGCUCUUUUUUCAUUUAUUUAUUUAUUAAUUUAUUUAUUUAUUUCAGUCAGGGCAGGGAAAGAGUAUUGGGAAACAUUUUUGACAAACUUUGCUAUUGGGAAACAUUUUUGACAAACUUUUGACAAGCUUUAAAACUCCAUUAAUUCAAUUCCGAUCCCUUUCCCCAUUAAUCUACGACAUUUAAAGCAAGUCUCCUCUAAAGAUAUGCAUUUAAAUAUCUAUUUAAAUACAUAUAUUUAAAUAUAUAUUUAAAUGAAUAUUUUCUGUAAAAUACUAUUUAAAUGCUUGCGGUACUUCAGAAGGCAUAUUUAAAUAUGUGUUCAAAUACGUACUUGCUCUAAAAAUAAAAUAAAAAAUUGGAUUAUUUUUGUAAACCACGUAAAGUUUUUCUUACAAUCAAUGGGCACAUACAUUUCGUUAAAUAAAUUAAUACAUUAGUAUUUUCACUCAAAAUACACAUGCAUAGUUUGGGAUAUUUAAACUGCUAAGGAUUCUUGACCAUAUGCAGAUUCGUCCCUUAACCUGAAAGGUGAGGGUGAGGUCAUAUCGCAGAGGAAAUCACAGAGACAAAAUUACCCAUGUAUCCCUGUGAGUCACCACAUUUGAAAAGAUGACUUUUUAAUGGGAAGGGGCAUUUUUGUUAAUAUUACUGAGGUUGAAAGCUGAAAGAUAACACUUAAACCAAUAGGAAGAUCAAGCAGGUGGCACUACAACAGAGCACAUUAAUCAGUUUGCAUCAUUGGGUAAAAUAGACUCCUAAAACAUUCAACUCAAUAGGUUGUAUCCAACUCAAUUGUACUCAGAGCAGACUGAUGGAUCUAGUUUCAGUCCUGUCCAUUCAAUUCAAUGGGUACUCUUGAGUAGGACUAACAUUGCACACAACCUUCUGCAUUGUAAUGUAUGGCAUAGUGGUUAAGAGUGCCAGACUAGGAUUUGUGAAACCAGGGUUCAAAUUCCCACUCAGCCACAAUGCUUAUGUGAUAUAGAAGUGCCCCAUUGGAGGUUUAUGUGAUACUUCAGGCAGUUUGUUUAAAUCUACUUUGCAUUAGCUCAGAGCAGGAAGCGGAUUAGCUGUGUGAAUUCAUGGCCAUGGGCAAAUGUGUUGCACAAAUACCUGCACAGAUGUUUUACAUAUGCAAAUUUAAGAUGGAAUAGAAGGGUACAGCCUUGUUCGGGAAUGAAUGGGCUUCUUAACAACAUGUCAGGCAGAGGACUCUGAAGGUAAUAAUAUCUGUGCAGCACUUUUUUCCUUGAGUGAUCAAAAUAAUGCACAUGCACAUAAUCUCAGGAAUCAUUACAACCGUUCAGCAAUGCAGGCCAGCUCUGUUUCCUCUGGAGAUUACAGAUGGGGAACUGAGGUGAAGGCCAUCAUCGCUUACCUAAGGCCACCUGGUUAAUUCAUGACUGAGGGGAGUUCAUGUACACUGGAUAAUCCUACAUAAGUUUCCCUGUGUAUUAUUCUCCUCAAUUACUUUUACAUCUUGAUAUCCAGCUAAAUUAAAGGCGAUAAAGAAGAGUGUGAUCAUAUCACAUUAGUACCUGCUAUCCAGCUAUCCCUAUCCUGUAGCAACAAGUCCUAUUUUCUGGAAGCUCCUUCAGACAAAUCAUGGUUCUGGGUUUUACCUUGGUGGGGCAGGGAGUGCCUUGUUAAAAAAAAUGUUAGCAUGUUAGAGAAAAGGUGGGAUGUAUAUAAGGUAAAGGGACCCCUGACCAUUAGGUCCAGUCGUGGCCAACUCUGGGGUUGCAGCGCUCAUCUCGCUUUAUUGGCCGAGGGAGCCGGCGUACAGCAUGACUAAGUCGCUUCUGGCAAACCAGAGCAGCACGCUUCUGGCAAACGAGAGCAGCUGUUUACCUUCCCGCUGGAGCGGUACCUAUUUAUCUACUUGCCCUGGUGUGCUUUCGAACUGCUAGGUUGGCAGGAGCAGGGACCGAACAACGGGAGCUCACCCCGUUGCGUAGAUUCGAACCACCAACCUUCUGAUCGGCAAGUCCUAGGCUCUGUGGUUUAACCCACAGUGCCACCCGCGUCCCUUGGGAUGUAUAUAAAUCACCUUUAUAUAUGGACAGUAACUAAAGAUUCUGCCGUUUUUCACUCCUUGGGAUAGGUGCCCCUAGCAUUUCGCUGCCUGAGGUAGCUGCUUCCAUUUGCCUCAUGGAUGGGCCGGCCCUGCCCCCAGGCCACAUCACUCACCAGCCCUGCUUCACACCCUCCUUGAACUCUGAUUUACAUUUGUUGCUCCCCUCACUUUGGUCUCUGACCCCACCCACCACUCGCAUGUGGCUCUUGGAAGGUUGCCAGAAAAGAAUGUGGCCCUUGAGCCAAAAUGGAUUCCCCGCCCCUUCCUAACAGUAGGGUUAGCCCUGGUUGUAGCACAAAAUAGGGAGGGGGGCUUGAGACUGGAAGUAGGAAGCCAGUGUGUUGCCUUUUGAAAGUUUAGCCAAUGAAUGCUAAUAAAAAAUUAACUUCUUCUGUUGGGUAUCUCCUAGGGUCAAGCUAUACCACACUCCUAAUCUAGAUGUAGGCCCUUCAGUUACUCCUCAGCAAAUAAAAAAUACAGAGCUGUAGAAACAUAUCACAUUUAAUUUGACCCCUAUUAUAUGGGAGAAAAUGGCAACUAUCAUUUGCCAAGCUCUUUUCCAUUCAUACAGUUUGUUGUAGUCAGUAACAGAAACAUCUCAAGAAGUUCAAGGCAAGGUGAGGAGAAGGUUGUCCCAACAGUUCUCUCCUGCCAUCUCCAGGAGCUGAUGGUUACUGUGCUCUUUGGUCUGGGACUCCUUGCCUCUUCCUUCUCUCAAGGUGCCCCAAGAAUUGUCUCAUGAGUAGACCUGGUGGCAAAAGUAGACAUGCUUCAGCCAAGCUUCAUCCAAUUGUCCCUGAAAGCUACAAGGAAGUAUAGCCUUAGGACAUCCCAGUUUGAAGGAUGGAGGCCCAAAUCACACACUUGUAGAAAGUCCUUUACAAGUGUUAGCUCCAGAACUUUAGCUGGUUUGUAAAUAAAUGUACGCCUAGCCCUCCUGGCAAGGAAACCGCAAGGCUUGCUCAACUGUUAGCACACACUGAAUAUUUCUGUACAGUACAGUAAAACAGAGGUUGAGAAAAGAGAGAGAAGUUCGGCAGUGUUGGCUAAUGUUUCAUCUUCCUCUUUCCUUGCCCUUUCUUCUCUCUCUCUUUCAUGUCAGCUGAUGUAGGGCUUGAAGGGGAAAUAACAGUGUGUGAAAAGCCUGAAUUUGACUAGUAAAAGACAAAGAGAAUGAUUCAGGGUGGCAGAAAGUAUUGCAACAGCUUCACAUUCUUUGGAGAAUGGAGUGGUCUAGGGUAGCUUUUGCCAAGCGGGUGCCCUUCUGUAUGGUCUUGUUCCUAGAUUAUUUUACAAAGAAAUGGCUUAUUUGGAAACUGAACGUGGGAACUCCUCUCCAACUGUCUUGUGUUUGGUCUGUAGCUUUUUAGUAAUCUGUUGGUUCUAUUUGUCUGAAUCAUACACACAGAUAGAAAAGGACCUUAGUUUUAUCCAAGGGCAAACAGCUCUUAUUUCUCUUUUCAGGCCAUCAUAGCCAAAUAAUGAAACCGUAUGCAAAACCCAGCACUGAAGUUUAUCAGUAGCAAGACAAUGGUGUGUUGUCUUAGCUGUAAAGCAAGUCAAGGCAUGCAAAGUAUAGCAGGAAGGAAACAUCUAAGAAGAUAUCUGUACAUAGUGGUAGAAAUGACAAAAUUUCUCAUCACUGGAAAAAGAAUGAAGAGCAUGCAGAUCUAUUAUUAUUAUUAUUAUUAUUAUUAUUAUUAUUAUUAUUAUUGAGCCCCAUCUGGAAGCAAUUAAGCUAAUAUCUGGCAGUUGUACUGGGCAACUACAUAGGUUCUUCCAUUCAAAGGGCAGACAGUUAAUCAACCCAGCUAUUAAGAUAUUUGCUUCUAAAAACAUCGCCCAAAUGCUCUACGGGGCUGAGAUAUGGGGAAUUGGCUUCAAAUCUGAACUAGAGGUUCUACAAAAUAAUUUUUUGAGGCAAAUUUUGGGGCUUUCCUUGUGGGACACCAGCUGCCCACCUCAAAGCUGAGUUGGGCCUUGCGUUGCUAGCAGCCAGAAUUGAUUUAGCCCAUCUGAGAUACGGGCACAGGCUAAAUGCCUUCGAGGAUCAUACUUUUACUAAGCUCUGCUUCCAAGGAACCCUGAACAGAAGUAUUCCAUGCUGCAACAUUUUGUUGCAGGCCUCCCUUGGUUGUCCCUACUGCAGGAACAGUAUGUGUGCUAAACAGGAACAGUGUGUGUGCUAAGCAGUCCUGCGGGGACGUAUCUCUACCACCCUGAAAUGCUCAAAAUUAACUCGUGGCUCUAAAAAUACCAACACAUUAUGAAAUAAAUAAAUAAUCCUAGGAUCUAGCCCUAAAUGAAGCCCUAAAUACUGUAAACGAAGAACUGCAGCCUUUUCUUGUUCCAGAAAUCACAUGGACUUCGCCUUUCUUUCUGAAGGCACAUGAAUUCACAUACCAGUUCCUUCUUCUGUUCCCGCUUAAAUAUCAUGCUCAGCACUCUGCCUCAGUUCGGAGACAUUUUUUUUAAGCUUUUUUCAUGAAAACUCACCAGUAUUUAAGUAUGCAUUUUUUAAAUAUAUACAUAUGGGUAUGCAGUUUUGCAUAAUAGAAUGCAUUUGAUGUUAUUUUCACUAAUACAUGCAUUUGUAUGUGUAUUUCCCCCCCAAUAUAUGCUUUUUGGCUGCAUUUCAAUUGGCUGGAGAACUGCGUCGCAAAAUUCGGAGACCUGCAAAUGUUGAAGAUGGCUGUGUUUCAGUUCAUGCAUUGCUUCGGGAAGUGCGAAUUAAGUAAAACCGAACCGAAUUCUCCCCCAGUACAGUGGUACCUGGGGUUACAUAUGCUUCAGGUUACAGACUCCGCUAACUGAGAAAUAGUGCUUCAGGUUAAGAACUUUGCUCCAGGAUGAGAACAGAAAUCGUGCAGCGGUGGGAGGCCCCAUUAGUUAAAGUGGUACCUCAGGUUAAGAACAGUUUCAGGUUAAGAACGGACCUCCGGAACGAAUUAAGUAUGUAACCAGAGGUACCACUGUACUAGCUGCUGCUGCUGCUGCUACUUUUACUACAAACGAGAGCAAGUGUGGUGCAGUGCUUAGAGUAUCGGAUUAUGACCUCACUCAACCAUGAAGCUCACUGCCAGUCACUGCCUCUCAGCCUAACCCUGUGAGGAUAAAAUAGGGAGGAGGAUAAGUAUGUAUGCCACCUUGAGUCCUUGGACUAAAGAUAGGAUUAAAAUGGAAUUUUAAAAAAUUAUAAUCAGAAUAAUAAUCGAGCAAACAAAGCUAUAGCUAUACUUACCUGGCAAGGGAGAUAAUCACGAAGGUUGGUUUUCCCAGGGUGACGCUCACUCAGUGCAAUCCAGGUGUGCUCACCUCUCCAAUGCAGGAAACCUGAUGGCAUAAUCUGCAAAUAAAAACAGAAAGUAAUGUAAAAUCCUAAAGUAGGAAAGGCAUUGCGUCAGAAAGUGCCAGUCAAAGUGUUGCAGGGCAGAGCUGGCUAUGGUGGUGAUGACGAUGGUGAUGGGUGGAGGGAUGCCAGCAGUUUCCAAGGUGAGAAAUGAAAAUGCAACAAGAAUGCCCCUUAACACCAUAGCUAUAGAUUGUUGCAUGCUCCCCACUUCUCCUAGUGUUGAGGAGGUCCAAUUGCAGCACUGUUGAGUUCAGUGUUCCUCCCUUCGGAUGAGGGAGUCCUUGAGGUUAACAGCAUGUUUGUAAUGUAGGCUUUUUUCGCUCACAGAUAUACAGGUAGAGCAGGUUUGGUCUGCUACUCAGUUCCUCUGCUCUGCCAUACUGUACUUUGCUGCUGCUUACAGACAGACAUCCAUCUGCCCACCACCUGGUAACUCCUCUUCUUGUCACUUUAAAAUUUCCUAUAAAUCCAGUACCAUUUCCUCAGUCUGUCUGAAAUUUCAGAGCUCUGAUACCUUUGAGGAACAGGAGACUGUUCAGAUGGAAAACACCAAUGUUACAAGCAACAGAAGCCUACCUGGGUCACCCAUCAGUGGCAUCGGAUUUAUGGAAAUAAAUGAACUAGCUCCAAAACAAUAAUUAAAUGAGCGCAAUUGUGAUAAAGAAGGGCAGCAUUCAGCUAGGUUUCAGAGUGGACCUGUUGAGAUUAAUGGACCUAAGCUAACCAUGUUCAUUAAUUUCAAUGGGUGUGCUCUGAGUAAAAUAUUAAAUGAUUUAAUUAAAUGAUUUAAGCUGAAUAAAUUAAAUGAUUUAAACUUGUAAUAGUGGAAAUGAAAGGAGUAGUGAAAUGAUUUCUUCCCCCCUCGCAAACUCCUGUUUACUUUCUCAUAAAUAAGUGAAUGGUUGUGGCAAAAGUAAAUUGCCCAUGAUUCAUUGUCAUGUUCCAACAUUUACAUGAUUUCUAGACUGGUAUAAAUAGAAACCUCGCAGGUCUUAAUGUCUCAUCCUUAUGAGGUCAACCUGAUUUGAUAACUCUUCAGUUGGCACAUUCUCUUGUGCUUCACGGACCACUCUGCCUUGAAAAUCUACAGGUUCGUGUUUCAAAACGGGGUAAGUGUGUGGCACAUGCUGACCUGCACAUUCAUUGCCCCACAGGGCUUUUAUGUCAAGCCUCUGACUUCAUGCUUCUUAGACUGGUUCAUGUUUCAGUCUACAGUGCCAGUUUACAGCUUGCGACAACCUGCAAGCAUAAGAAAGUCAAAACCUGUCUGCUGCAAUCAGCAUGUGUGCAGCGUUCAUGUUAGUGGGUAGCAUGAAAAUGUGAGGUAAGGAAGGCUUGAACUCACCUCACAAGGCUGUAAGGACGCCAACAACACAUGCACUAUGAGAGGACAGAACUGCUGGGUUUAGCAGUAUCACUUGCUAUAUACAUUUUAGGUCAUAAUAUCACUUCUUUGUUCCGCAAAUACGUUGGGAAGGGGGAAAUUUCAGCAGACAUAGCAAGGCCAGAUCCAGUCAGCAAAACUGCUCGUCUGCAGUAAACGCCUUGAAAUAAUACUUUAACCACAACGAGUAUGUAGCAAAAUGUUGAACAUCUUUAGCCAUACAGGAAGUUGAAGGCUGAGAUAUCUCUAACCAAUCAGAAGUGUCAUAAGCCUCAGACCAGGAAACCCAUUCCAAGUACAGUAUAUGCGAACGUUGCUGCAAAUAACUUCUCACUCGGCUUCUUCAUCUUUAUUUUUUUUAAAUAUUCUUUGUGCAUUUGUAGGAUGGCAAGACGAAUGUGAAGUCCAUCAUGGCAAAGUUUAGCAACAACCCAGCCGGGGAGGUUGACAGCCGACAAGGCAGAGCAGCAGGACAGCCACCGUUGGUGGCAAGGACUGCAUUUGAGAAAUUUAACCACCUGGAAAAUGCCGCUGCACCUCCCAGACCCAGCAACAUCCACAAAUCUCCAUCUUUUAAACCACCUUUGGGCACCAAACCUUCUGUUCCUGACACAUCGGACAAGGACCCAAAGCCACCCCAUUUGAAGAGCAAUGCAGUGGCUAGCAAGGUUGCUGCCUUGGCGCAGGCAGCUAACAGGGAAACGAAUGAAAAACCUGGAUUUCCUAGGCCUUUGGGUCCCAAACCUACUGACGGACUAAAAGCUGAAUCCAAGCCAUUGUUCCCAAAGCCUCCUGACAACAGAUUGCCUGGUUCCACAGCACCAAAAAAUGAACUCAGGCCACCGGGGCUACCAAGGUCGAAUUUUAAACCUGAACCUCAAGGAAACGAGACAAAGCCUGUCUCUCAAGUGGCGGCUGGAUUUAAAGAAAAAAUAAUCGCGGCCUCGCAGGAGAAUGACCCCAAACCUCCUUUUCUGAAGCCAGCCCUUGGGAAGAAACCAGGUCUACAUCCUGUCCCCAAUGAAGAGGCUCCCAAGAAAUACCCCUCCUUGAAUCCAACUUCUCCAAGCCCACUAGGCCUCAAACCCAAACCCAACUCAUUUCUAAUGGCCAAGGAUGUCGAAGGAAAGAGAGACAAUGGGGUGGAUUCCACAGCCAGCCCUUUCCCUGGUGUAGCCUUGAGACAUGUCUCCGACAAGAGCAACCUGUCUCUGGCCCUCCCAAAAUCUUACGGCCAGCCGAGCAACGAAGAAGCAAGGCCAAGUGUGGCCAAGAAUAUUUUCAAAGUCUCUCAAGAGGAUUCUGGGUCAACUUCUGGAGCACCUAAAUUCACUGGUCUGCCCAGGGCGACUACAACAGGACCUUGGGAUAGUAACUCUGAAAAAGAAGAGAAGGACAAGAAUUUGCCGAGACGGAAGGCAAUCCCUCCACCAGUCAAAUUAGGUCUGGCCCCGCAGAAACCCAGCAGACCUCCAACGGUGAACCUUGAAAAAUUCAGGAAAUACACCGAAGAAAGUGAGUUAUUCAUCCCCUAUUUGCUGUUGGUUUUAUGCAAGGUGGGAAAAAAGCUUCUCUGUGCUGGUGGGGGGGACAUAAUAAUAAUAAUGUGCCGUGUAAAAAUAUUUCCCCAAUACAUCUUGUACUGAAUUGUGUUUUAUUGCAUAGUAGGGAAUGUUCCAUUGUCACUGAUUCUCUCACUCUGUUGAUUAUCUAGAGCUUUUGACUGGACCACGCUAGAUAUUUAUUUCAUUUGUUUACCAAAAUGCAUAUACUGCUUGAAUUGUAGUAAAAGAGAUGGGUGCAAUUUUACCCUGAUUGCACUUUUUAAACAGGGGAAACAGCAUCCACAGAGCUGAUCGGGAGAGGAAUGUGUUAUCCUUUCCCCAUUUGCCCUUUCCCACUCCAAGCUGCCCCUAAGGACUCUCCCACCUUGUGAAAUUCGCUUCUUAAUGUGUGUUUGCCUGCACUGGGAACUUCGUGAGGGAGGAGACCCUGCUAGACAUGGCUAUUUGGAAGGAUGGAACAGUAACAAGAGAAAAUGGUUAAGCUCCUGCUCACUCCACGCCGACACCCCCUCUGACUUUCUGGUGCCAAAUCAUCACUCUGGAUAUUGCUUUUCCUGAUUAGAAAGCAGUCUUGAGGAAAAGUUAUAUACAUUCAAUGAUAUAUUUUUUUCCAGGCGGAGAGAGGCUAAGUAGAACAGUGAAAGGUGGGGGACACUGCCUAGUUUCUCACCAAAAAAUGAAGAAUAGUGUGCAUACAUUUUGUCUCAUAUCUCAGGUUCUACAAACGCAAAAAACUCUGGAAAAUGGGGCUUCUGGUCCAUGUGGGGGUGGAGGGUGCAACUGUCCCUCUUCCACUCUUGUGGAUGCCCAUGUAUGCCUCUGUGUGUAAUAUGUAGCCUAGACCACCAGCAGGAAGGCUAGAAGUAUAUAUGGGGAUGAAAAGUCCAGUUAUGUUCAUUCAUCCUAAGGGGCAGCAGGGUGGGGGCAGAGGGGAAAUCAGUAUACAGUGGUACCACUGGUUAUGUAUUUAAUUCCUUCUGGAGGUCCGUACUUAACCUGAAACUGUUCUUAACCUGAAGCACCACUUUAGCUAAUGGGGCCUCCCGCUGCUGCCACGCUGCCACCGUGCGAUUUCUGUUCUCAUCCUGAGGUAAAGUUCUUAACCCGAGAUACUAUUUCUGGGUUAGCGGAGUCCGUAACCUGAAGCGUAUGUAACCUGAAGCGUAUGUAACCCAAGGUACCACUGUACAGCCUUUCUGAACCUGUCCCUGUUUGGAAUUAAAACAGGAAAGUCUCAAAGCUUUCUCAUGUAAAAAGCUUCCUUCAUGUUGAAAACAAAAGUAAACUAGCACAUCAGAUAUAAUUUUAGGGAAGGUUGCCACAGGGGAUUUUGGAUGUGUGGAAACAUUUAAAUAAUGCCAUCCCCCAUCUAUGUUCUGAACUGGUGAAGUUCCAGAAGGAUCAACCAUCUGCCUUUUCCAAAUUUGUGAACCCCCAUUUUAUUGCUUCGGACUUACAGCAGUCUAGGUGACCACAAUGUUAGAACUGAGACCAGGACAGAGCUCCUGUGCCUGCGAUAGCUGAAUGGCAAGUAGAAAGCUGGCCAGUUUAACAUUCCCCCAUUGUUGCACCUCCAUAAUCAGGAACACCUGUUGAAUGAUGUAUAAAUGUGAGCUACUCCUUGUGCUAACUAUCACUUUAAGCUUCCUAUUAUUUUAUGCUGCAUCAUUAUCUCAAAUUAAAUGCACGGAACUUGUUGUGUUCCUCCCUAAACUUUCACUUUCAACUUGUUCUUAGUUUUAUUUUAUUUUUACUUUUUUCGGACACUUAUUACAUAACUCGCUAGGCUUGCUGUUGAAUCGCUUUCUAUAAUAUUUCUAAAAGUUUGUUCUUUUUGUCUAUUGAGGAGAAACAUACAAAUACACUUUACCAAAAAGUGCGUUCCUGGAUGCUAUUCAUCCCAGGAAGGGGGGAAAAUGGGCACUAUUAUUAUUUUUAAACAUCCAUCACCAUGAAAGAUGCAUAGCCAUACUUUUGUUUUCACCAUUAUAACAGUUUUGUGCUGCUUUUAAUGCAUGUGCUGUAUAAGUCACUUUUGAGUUAAGGGGAAAAAAGCAACUUAUACAUGCAAUUAUGAAUAAUUUAAAUAUCUAUUUAUAAGUGUAUUUCUACAUGUGUAGCAUAAAUAUAUUGCUGGGUUGCUAUUCUUCUUUUUUAAAAAAAAAUAUUGCUAGAACUAAGUCUUCCUGCAUUUAAAUAAUUUCCAUUAACUAUUUGUAAGAAUUAGUUUUUUUAAAUAUGUUUAUAGUUAUUAAUUGAUUGGAGUUAACUUUGUAUGCACAUUAAUUUUGCAAGUAAAUAUAUUUAAAUAAAAGAUGGGGAAAGUGGGUGGAUUUUGUGUUUUAAUUGUGUGAGACGACUGCUCUUCACUUGCUUCUUCUGUUGUCAUGUAUUAAGUUUGAACUUGUUUUAACUUCACUGUUUGUCUUGCCCCUGUCUCUUAUUUAUCUCUAUUGCUUUCUCUCAGCUCUCCACCUUAGUCUUACCACACUCUAAAUACUAAUCUCACUUACUAAACCCCUUAUGUAUGGAUCUUUGGCACUUUAAAUACUCAGCUGUCUCCUUUUCGUCCUGUUUUAAGGAAAGCUUAUCUCUGUCCCUUGGCAUUUCCUCCUUGAUGUACGAUUUGAUUGCUUUUCAUUUUACAUUGAUAUUGUAUAUAGUCUUUGCCAUGCUCCAUCCCAAACACCAGGUCUGACAACAGCUUAUGGGAAGCAAGCUGAAAAAGAACAGGGAAGGGUUGAAUGUCAUUGCGCGUUGAGGUCCCCAAGACACCCCAAAUAAGAACACAAUGACACUUGAUUUUUGUUUAAGGUUUUUGGCAUAAUUUUGGCCACAACUUUAUUAAAAAUACAGCAAUGUGAGUGGUUGCUUAGGCAUUGGUAGCGACUAACUGACCCCACACAGGGACAGCUCUGACAUUCGCACACCCUGCAAAGUCAGAAAGGGUAAGUCACCUGGGGAGAGAGACGGGACUGGGAACCAUGCCUCACCUCUCCCCAGAAUGCUCCCAGGUGCUCUUGCGUGGCCCUGGCCCCUUGCCAGGGGGUUCGGACAAAAGCAUGGGGAGCCCCUGGGUUCCUUUAAUGGAAAACCCUUGCAGCAGCAGCAUUUUGGAGGGGCAGGCACAGCCAAAUCCAUACCCCUCCACCAACCAAUUCCCAAACCAAUGCCUAACUGCAACCUUACGAGUUGUGAUGAUUUGCUACGCAGUAGGCAAAAACCAAAUGGCACCAGCCAAUCAGCCAAAUGGACAAAAUUCCUACCAGGCCCCUGCCCCAAAGCAGAUGACCCCAUGACAGGUCAAGCAAACAGCCUAACGUUAGGGAGGGAGGGAGGGUGAUCCGAAGCACGCAGCGAAAGAGGAAGCUCAUCACUGCGUGCAGUGUAUUUAACAAACAGGGCUGUCAAUCAAUAAAUGGCAACAUAUAAAUCUCCCCAGUAACAGCCCGCCCCUGCUUAAAGAUGGCCAAACUCUUUUACCCAGCAACAGUGAGGUGUCUUGUCAGCCCCCACCGCAGCACGUGCUCUCCAUGAGGGAGAACACACUUUGCUCUAUUCAAAGUCCCCUACAACUGCAUUAAAGUAAAAAAUAAAAAUGCAGGGAGAUCCAAAUCAUUGCUCUUUCUAUGGCACACGCUCACACUUAUAUAUAAGAGGCGCAACAGAUGCCAGUUACCAGCAUUGAAAGACCUACAUCUAGCAAGAUGGCAACAAAAUACAAGCGUCUGUGUUUUAAGUAGCAUGCAAGAAAAAGGAAACUUCUGCAGAUGCAGUAGGAAGUGGAUGUUGUUACAAUUAAGCAAUUUGGGAACUUUUUUAUUUUUUGAGAAACACCGACGUGCAAACAUGUGCCUACUAAAGUUCCCAUGGUAAGCUGCUGUUGUUUUAAAAUCAAACUGCAAAUUGCUGUGGGAAUGAGAAGACGACUGGAAGAAAAAGAGAAUGCGAGAGAAACUGAAAUGGAUACAUUCAACCUUUCCUAUCUAUCCUUCAUGCAAAUUGCAAUGCUAGGUUCCUCCUGUGUAUAAAAAUGGAGCUCCCUGUGAUUUCCCCCUUAAAUAUUACAGUGGUACCUCGGGUUAAGAACUUAAUUCGUUCUGGAGGUCCGUUCUUAACCUGAAACUGUUCUUAACCUGAGGUACCACUUUAGCUAAUGGGGCCUCCCGCUGCCGCCGCACGAUUUCUGUUCUCAUCCUGAAGCAAAGUUCUUAACCUGAGGUACUAUUUCUGGGUUAGUGGAGUCUGUAACCUGAAGUGUCUGUAACCUGAAGCGUCUGUAACCCGAGGUACCACUGUAUAACUUUUUCUUCCCUUGCAGGCUCCAGCAAACCCCAUGCGGCAGGUUUACCCCUUGUACUUCCACUGCCUGUUUCGCCCCUGCAUACCACCACCCAGCUGCCUCCACCGCCUCCUCCAUCAGCUUCCCAUCCAUCAGCACAAGCUCCGGUACUUCCCCCAAGAAACAUCAAGCCCAGGUAUGUCUCUGUGUAAAUGAAAGUGAAAUCUGCGUGUGGGGGGGGGAGGUUACAUUCUGCUCUCAUUUCACAGGGAAUGAGGGAGCUUCUGAUCUCACAUCUAUCGAAGUGUCUUCCCCAUACAGUCAUCCUGAAGUACCUUGUCUUUGGCACUCAUCAUGCCCCUUGUUUUCUUUCGCUGCUUUGUGAUGAGGAUGCUAUCCUUGACACGGUCAAGGGGCAUAGGUGGUGCUCUUGGGCUUGCCGAUCGGAAGGUCGGCAGUUCGAAUCCCCGCGACGGGGUGAGCUCCCAUUGCUCUGUCCCAGCUCCUGCCAACCUAGCAGUUCGAAAGCACACCAGUGCAAGUAGAUAAAUAGGUACCGCUGCGGCGGGAAGGUAAACGGCAUAUCCUUGAACCCUAGAGGCCAUGCAAAAGCCAAACUAGACAUAAUUGCGCCAGUAGCCGCCACAUUUCUUUAAUCAUCCACCUCUGAACCCCAGAUGUUUUUGGACUACAACUCCCAUCAUUCUCAGCCAGCUAAUGUAUUUGUGACUAUAUUUUAAAAAAUGGGCAUAAGUGAUUUUUAUGCAAAUGAUCACCCUCUUUCCCCUCUUCUAUAGUGAUGCUUAAGCAGCCCCCCUAUUCAUGCCAAAGAUGAGUGUUUGUGUCUUUUUCCCCCACAUGAAAAUGUAAAGCUAAACAUUUCUCUGCCUUAUCUCCCCAUAGUUUGUCACCUGAACUUACUGGCAGUGAGCAAGGCCAGGAGAAAAAUAAAUUCACUGGGCAAGUGAAGACAGUGCACAGAGGAAGGAGAAAGUAUUCUGCCCUCUCAUUCACAUCACUUUUCAUGUUAAUAUACUAACAAUGGAGUCAGGUGCAGAGUAAUGAUGGCUUUGUAGCCAAAACAUGGCUACUGGAAAACAAAAGGGAAAGAUCAGCAUGAUCAGCAUAAUGCCAAGGUUUGCAGAAGGGAAAGGGGUUAGGGAGGGGGAACACUAGGAGGCAAAAACCUUUAAAAAACAGCCCAGAGCACUUCACACUGAAACAUUUUAUUGCAGGUCUCCCUUUGGUUAAAAUAAGAACCACAACCCCCUCUCCUUUAUAUGUGAAUAUGUGAUUCUAGAAGAAACACAUGAUCAAAUAAAAGUGGCACCAUUUUUGUCUAGUUUGGCCCUAUGGUGAGAUGUUUUCAGUCAGUAUUCUAAGUACAGUGGUACCUCGGGUUAAGUACUUAAUUCGUUCCAGAGGUCCAUACUUAACCUGAAACUGUUCUUAACCUGAAGCACCACUUUAGCUGCCGCGCCGCUGGAGCCUGAUUUCUGUUCUCAUCCUGAAGCAAAGUUCUUAACCUGAAGCACUAUUUCUGGGUUAGCGGAGUCUGUAACCUGAAGCGUAUGUAACCUGAAGCGUAUGUAACCCGAGGUACCACUGUAAGGGUCAAAGAUAAGUCUAUGAGGCCAAAGUUUUCUCCAGUCACAGCAGAACAUCCGGCCAGGAAAUAUGAGUUUUGAGAAGGCAUUUGAAGGGAGAGAGAGACACUGAGAGAGACACAAUCUAGUGCCUGGCUUUCUAUUGAUAAUCCUCAGGCCUGCUUCACGCAUGGAAGAUCUGAAAUGGUAGUUACUUGAGAAUGCAGAUAUGCAUACUUUGUGGCAAGCAAGUCCUGUGAUAUAUAGCUGCUGAUCAGGUGAUUUUUCCUUUGCAAUAGCAAAUUAGAAAAAGGAAGGGCUGUGAUGACAUUGCAAAACAUUUCUGAAAACGCAUGAAAAGCUGCACAUACAUACAUCAUUUUAUUUGCAUGCUGUCUUUCCACAGUUCAAACCAUGCUCAAGGCGACUUACAACAUGGAAAAAUACAUAAUUGCAAACAUCUUUUGUUAUGCAAACAUAACAAAAGUAGUCAUAAACAAAACAUUAAGAAAUACACAACCAAACGGAACAAUUUCUGCAUAAACUAUGAUAAGAUCUUAAAUAAAGAUACAAAAAAUAAAAUAAAUAACAGCAACAACCCCCUCCCCCCCAAAAAAAACCUCUAUAAAUGGUAACGCAGUCCAAGAAUCUUUUCAGCGAUUUCAGCUUUUGUAGCUGGAGUCAGUCCGGGCCACGCCAUCCCAUGCCAGGUCUGCAAGGCAGGGAGCAAAUCUUCCUGGACUCACAGCCAAGGACUCUCACACAUUUUGACACUGAAUACUAAUUGCUGGGGAGCACAACUGGGGAGAAUGCUAUUGCACUUGCAGGCUUCCCACUGGCAUCUGGUUGGCCACUGUGGAACAAGAUGCUGGACUUGGUGGACCUUUGGCUUGAUCCACCAAGCUCUUAUUAUGUGCUUACACACAUGCACUCACUCACAUAUUGUAGCACCCUGCUUGUGGUUAACGCUUAGCUGGAAUGAAAUAUUCAACGCAGCAAUAGAGAAAUUAAAAUAAUAAUUUAUUUGUCAGACAAAUAAAUAAGAGACACAGUGGUAUAUGGUUACCAAAGCUCUGCCCACUCCAGCCCUGAUGGCCAGCACUUAUAUUUCCUCAGCCCAGCCCCCUUGCUCCUCCUUUGGCUGCCUCUGUCCAAUCAGCCUGGUUGAAAUUCCUAUUGGCUGUUUGCUAGAACCAAUCAUAAAAGAUACACCCAUUUCCUAUUACCUUUUAUGGGAGACAAAGAGCUAUAUUUCCUUUUAUCCAUAAAUGGCAGACAAAUAGCCAUAUAUCUUACAUUUGCCUCGACCAGGCACCUUAAUUACCAGAUCAUCUUUGCCCUAUUGCCCUAUUACCCUAUUGCCCUUUCACUCCAAAACAGAUGGCUAAUGGUUUUAAUUUUUAUCUUAAACAGAGAUCUUGGGUUCACCUUCUCACACACCAUCAAUGAAAUAAGAAUCUAACAUAAGAAUCUAACAUUUCUUACUUUCUAAAUCCUUUGCAUAAUUACAUUUAAGCCAAUAUAUUUCAUACAUUAACAUAUAUAGCUUUUUAGAAGGAAAGGAACUUAGUAAAAACAGUUUCCAAAAGCAACCCCUUAAAUUUACACCCCCCUUUCAAGCCAGCUGCUGUUGCUAUUAGCUCUUGCCCUUUAACCUUAGGAAGAUGUGGCUCGAGUCUGAUGGGAGGCACAUGGUAUUUCUGUUAAACAAUAAAUCUCACUAUUUACCAACUCUUAAUUGUGUUUUUGCAGCUUGAUUGUAUUCUGUAAUUUGUAUGGUCAAUAUGACCUCUGCUCCCAGCCUGUAAUUUCCUUUUACAACCCUGAGGUACUGCUAUAGAUCAGAGGGGCCCUGUUUAGGAAGAUAAACAUCUGCCAAAGUACUUAGCCAGCUGGUUUCUGCCUGGCAUGAGAGAUACAAACAUUUACAUAUAUAUUUUUUAAGCUCAUUUUAAAAUACAGAUCUUGAUCAGAUGCCUCAAUAUGCCUUGCUAUAUGAUGCUAUCUGAAUGUAUGGAGGAGCAGGAUUGCAUGUUGCUGAAUGGCCUCAAUGGAUUCAGUGUAUGAGGCCCAGUGCCAAGGGUCUUCUGGCAGUUCCCUCACUGCGAGAAGUGAGGUUACAGGGAACCAAGCAGAGGGCCUUCUCGGUAGUGGUGCCCGCUCUGUGGAAUGCCCUCCCAUCAGACGUCAAGGAAAUAAACAACUACAGUGGUACCUCAGUCUAAGAACAGUCCUGUUAACGAAAGAUUCGGGCAACGCACUCUGCAAAACCGGAAGUAGGUGUUCCGGAUAGCGAACUUUGCCCCAGAAGAGGAAUGGAAGCUGACUGGUGGAAGGGCACCGGUGGCGGGAAGACUCAAUGGGGAAAGCGCACCUCGGUUUAAGAACGCUUUCGGUGUAAGAACGGACUUCCGGAACGAAUUAAGUUCGUCAACGGAGGUACCACUGUAUCUAACUUUUAGAAAACAUCUGUAGGGAGCCCUGUUUAGGGAAGUUUUUAAUGUUUGAAGUUUUAUUCUGUUUUUAAUGUUCUGUUGAAAGCCACCCAGAGUGGCUGGGGAAACCCAGCCAGAUGGGCGGGGAGGAAAUAAUAAAUUAUAUUAUAUAUUAUAUAUUACAUGGUAUAUGUCUGAAAGAGACCGUUGUCUUCAUUGAGGGCUCCCCAGAUGUGAUCAAGACCACUCUUUGGUGCAUCCAGCUGUAGGUGUGGCAAUCCUUCCCAAUCUCUGCUUUCAUCUCCAGAUUUCUUGCUGUCGCUACACCCGUUAGAAAAAAAAGAAAAUAAAACCUGCCAGGGAAAGGUGUCAGAUUCAAACUUAAUAAGACUGCAGGCCUGUAUUCCUUUACUUAGGACUCCUUGGUAUCAGUGGGGGCUACAUCUGUGGGGAUGUCAGGUUUGCAUUUUUGGGUAUAGAAAGUAUUGGUUUAAAGUGCAGAGAUCUUUCCUAUUCUAAUUAAUUCAAGCAGGUUCUGGAAGCUUCUCUAUGUGAUACAAGCUGGUACAAGCUAGAAGUUUCUAGCUAACAAGCAAGCUUCUAUUUUGCCUAGAAACAAGCAGAGAAACUGAACAGCUGGUUCAAACUGGUUCUGUUAUCUCUUUCACUCAAGGUCCUGCUGACUAUAAUACAGUAAUAGGCCAGAAGAAGCUGGGGUUUCACUUUCUGUUUCUCCUGCUGGUUUGCUGGUCAGUACAGUGGCAUCUUAAUCUGUUCCGGGAGCUGGUUCAACUCCUGAAACUGUUUGAAAACCAAGGUGUGGCUUCCGAUUGGGUGCAGGAGCUUCCGCAUUGGAUAUUUGGCUUUUGAAAAAUGUUUGCAAACCGGAACAUUUACUUCUGGGUUUGCGACGUUCAGGAGCCAAUUUGUUUGGGAGCCAAGCUGUUCGAGAACCAAGGUACCACUGUACAUAGUAUGCUUAAGUGCUAAGGUUUUAGUCUUAUUGUAAGUUUAAGUUAAGUCUGCUGCAGCUGGAUUUCUUGUGGACUGUACCAAUCCUGAAGAUGUUGGAUUGUGACUGUAAAGCUCAUUUGCCUUCAGUAGUAAAACAAAAAAACAAUCUGCUGAAUGAGGUUAAUUGCCUCUGAGUUAUUAUUGGGAAUCCUGCAUCGUGUUUUAUGUUUUUACUCUGCUAACUAUAUGUUGGGGUCUGGUCUGGAUCAAUAUGGAGCAGAAUUCAUUGCAUGGAGGAAUGGGAAAACCUAAUUUCAUUAGAGGGUGUUUUUGUCCCAGCUUCUGUCAGCUGAACCAGCUGAAUCCGGCCCAUAGGCUUCAUAAACCUUCUCUGAUGGCUUGGCUUUCAGUCAAAAGAGUGUUACGGGAAUUGCAGUUGCAUCUUUUUUCUCUUUGAACCUGUUCACCUUUUUCUUUUCAUAGGGACAAUGAAGAAAGCUAUGAUGAUGUUGAGUUUGGAGGUAAGGCUAAUCCAUUUUUGUUAAGACGGGCAUUAGAAAAUUUGUACGUGGGAACUGCGAGAAAGCGUUAGAAUGUGGAGUGCUCCUGUUCGGGUGCCAGCCACCCCCAUUUCCACUAUACUCCAUUCCCCUUCCACUGUUUUCCAUUACCGCCUCUCCCUUACAGGCAGCCCAUUCUGUAUUUCAUGCCCUCCAUCCCUGCUCAGUCCUUAUCAGACUGGCUUUUUCCCUAGUACUUCUGAGAACCUAGGUGUUCUUGGCCAAUACCUCCUGUUUGUGCGUGGGUGGUGCCAUUUUGGCUAUGUAAGGAUAACUUAUCUCCCCCAUCCCCCACCCACCUGUCAAUCCCCUGGUGAUGUAAGGUGACCCAAUUUUGCCUGCAUGGCAUGAAAUUAAACCAUGUGAAGAAAGCCACAGCCCACAAAGGGCCAAUAAGAGCCAGUGUGGUGUAGUGGUUAAGAGGGGUAGUCUCGUAAUCUGGGGAACCGGGUUCGCAUCUCCGCUCCUCCACAUGCAGCUGCUGGGUGACCUUGGGCCAGUCACACUUCUUUGAAGUCUCUCAGCCCCACUCACCUCACAGAGUGUUUGUUGUGGGGGAGGAAGGGAAAGGAGAAUGUUAGCCGCUUUGAGACUCCUGAAGGGGAGUGAAAGGCGGGAUAUCAAAUCCAAACUCUUCUUCUUCUUCUUCUUCAAUAAACAGCUGGUUGUUGGCGCUGGCAAACUCCAGUACACAGACAUUGGCACAGGGCUUUGCUGGCACCACUGAUUGGCAGUCAUGUGUGACAUGAGGUGCAGUGAAGGUGGGCGUAACUGGCCUGAACGACCUUGUGGCCCAAAUGCCACAAGGUGGGCCUGAUUUUCCCACUGCUGCUAUAUAGGAUGAUGGUGAUGGCUGCUGCAAUACAGCCUUAUGAAUCUGAAUGUCCUAUAAACCUAUAUCAUUACUCCCUCCUCCCAGGUAACCCUAAUAACACUGUAUUUCUGUGAGGAAGAGCUGGGGAUCUCCCAACAGAAAAUCCUGAAUAUUCAUACACCUUGCCCAACUACAGUACCUAGAAUUCCUUGCAAGAAGCCAUAGCUGCCAAAGUCUAAUAAUAAUAAUAAUAAUUAAUAGCAGUCAAAGUGAUAUAAAUGUAUUGAUAAAAUAAGAUAAUGAGAAAGUUAAACAAAUAGCAUUUAUACAGAGUAUAAUUUAUAAUGAUAUAGCAUGUGUAUAUAAACCUUAUGCCAUGUAUUUAUAGCAUGUAGUACAUAACAUAAUAUAUAGUUGGUUUUCAGUAUGUAGUCGGGGGGGGGAUUAAAAUCAAGUUGUGGUGCUUGAGGUGCAUACUAUAGCACAGGCUUCCUCAACCUCGGCCCUCCAGAUGUUUUUGGCCUACAACUCCCAUGAUCCCUAGCAAGCAGGACCAGUGAUCAGGAAUGAUGAGAAUUGUAGUCUCAAAACAUCUGGAGGGCCGAGGUUGAGGAAGCCUGCUGUAGCUGAUAAGCAGCUGGCAUGAAGUAUAUUCAUCUGCUACAAUUUCAUUUCAGUUUUGAUCAAAUAUAGAUUAUGCCAUAUAUUUAGUUUUAUGUGGAAAGAUACUGAGGACUAUAAAUAUAUGGCAUAAUCUGUAUUUGAGUUAGACAAAAAAUUUCGCAAGUCAAAAUACCCAACUUUGUCCUAGGCAACGCCGUCCUUUGCCCAACACUUUUUGUUUAGAGGGCAAUCCAUAGACUUUCUACCCUCUUAUUAUAUACGGAUAUGAUUAUAUUAUAUACAAAAUCUUCCCUGCAACAGAAAAUUAACAAUAAAUGUUUGCCUUUUGAUUCUUCAGGAAAUGGGGAUCCAGAUGAGGUCAGUAUCACCAUUCACAACAUAGAUAAAUGCAUCACAACUGUCUUUCAUUAACACCCGCUUUCAUGAAUGCAGAGGGGUGCUGUGGGAGGUUCUGUUACCGGUGUGUCUGUGGAAAGAGGGGAAAGGGAGAGAGAUUGUUUCAUUUGGAUAUCUGCAUUGGAUUUUAAUAUUUUAAUGUUUUGCAUUAUUUAAUUAUUUUGAUAUGGAUGUUUCACGCCCUGGGACCUUAAGGUUGAAGGUGGGUGUGGCGAUCACACAGGGUCGCUGGACGUUUGACAGUCUAUUGAUCCCUGUCCCACCACUGUGAUUGCUUCCCCGCUGCCACCAACCCGUUUCUCUCGGGUACACACGGAGUCCAGACCGUUGUUAACAUUAAACCAAAUAAGCAAGUUUAUUUUAUAAGCAUUAACAAGGUUAUGGUUUCAGAUAACUUUUCUUGUCAGUUUCUUAAUCUUAGUUUCUUUACUGACCUAUACCUUCCUAAUAACUUCUAAUUGAUUAUCCCAUCCCAUCUGUCUAUCUGACUCCUCCUAACAGUUUCACUCACUCUCACAUCAAAACUAGACCAACCCACAGACUUAUCCUCCCUCUUCCUUCUCCAACUCCCAACUAACUUCCAAAUAACACCAACUCUGACUCUAACUCCUCCCCUUGGGUUCCCACUGGCCAGUCACUUCACACUCAUUUAACCCUUUCCUUAUGACCCACCUAGGAGGGCAAACGCCACAGUGGGUUAUAAAUCAAAGAAGUGAUCAUUAAUAGUAAUAAGCUGUGGGAACAUUCAUUUGUCACUGGAUCAACACAUCUUAAUUUGGGUACACAACUUGUGACUCAUAAGCCAAGCAAGGGCCGCAGAACAUGUGUUGUGGUCUUCCACAGGGUUGAGGAACUUGUAGUUCUUCAGAUGUUACUGGACAGCAACUCCCAUCAGCCACAGCCAGCAUUGCCCGUGGCCGGAGGGCCACAAGUUCCCCCUACCCCAGUCUACAAAGUGCUUGACGGCCUUGCUCUGUUUGUAAUCUCUGGAAGGGCUUAGCUGAAAGGAGAGUGUAAAGGACUGCAAUAAUGGCUCAGGGUGAGUGAGAAGUUGUUGUGGCAGUAGAUGCAACUCAGUGACAUUCAUGUGUUCAUUAUACCCAGAAUGAACACCUGGAAAUGGCUACAGUCUGGGCAAUAUUUGAUAUUCUUAAAUAGCUGAAUGGUCAAGGUCUAAAGAAGACCUUAUUUCAUACAACAAAUUGGGUUUGAAAUAAUGAAAUGCCACAUACAAUUUGCUGUCCUAGUACUAGUCUUAAAAAGAAAUUGUUGCACUUGAACUACGUUAUAAUUUCCCCUUUCUAAUUCAUUUCUUGUCACUUUUUUCUUUAUAGAGUCUCAACAGUGAAGGGGAGACAUAUGAAGAUAUAAACGAAAUGAGGUAAGAAAUAUGCAGCUCUGCAGAUAUGGCAGUUCUCUGAUUCUUGGGAUCCCACAACUGAAGUGACAGAGAGACAAAACAUAAACAGAGUAAGAGGACCUGAGAUCAAAUGGCAGACACCAUUGCAAAACUGUGGACAAAAGAUCCAAAACCUGAAUUUGCAACUUUAUCAUCUUCUAGGCCAGGGCAGGGCUAGCCAACAUGUUGUCCAUCAGAUGUUUUGACCACAGUUCCCAUCAGCCAAUAUCGUCAAUCAGGGAUGAUGGAAGCGUCUGUCCUGCAACAUCUGGGCUAGGUUGAGAAGGUAUUGGCUUGGAUCCAGACUUUGCUUGCAGCAGCAGAAGAGGGAAGAGGAAAAGUGGCUUUGGCUUUAUCUCCCUUGUAGCUUCUAAAACUCUUCUCCUAAGGGUUUGUGGGCACUCUGAAACAGUGAAGGAGGGCACCAGAAAAAAUUGAUCUUCCUAUGUUGAGCAAAAGAUUCCUGCAUUUCAGAGGGGCUGGUGGACUAGGUGACCCUCAUGGUCCCUUCCAACUCUACCAUUCUAUGAUUCCAGCAGGCUCUAAAGGUUGGGUCAAAGGCCUUCUGCACAUGGAAGGAGCUCUUCCAUUUGUGGACAGCGAUCAGAAGGUCGGCGGUUCGAAUCCCCGCAACGGGGUGAGCUCCCAUUGCUCAGUCUGUGCUCCUGGCAACCUAGCAGUUCGGAAGCACAUCAAAGUGCAAGUAGAUGAAUAGGUACCGCUCUGGCAGGAAGGUAAACAGCGUUUCCGUGCGCUGCUCUGGUUUCCCAGAAGCGGCUUAGUCACGCUGGCCACAUGACCCAGAAGCUGUACGCUGGCUCCCUUGGCCAAUAAAGCGAGAUGAGUCCCGCAACCCCAGAGUCGGUCACGACCGGACCUAAUGGUCAGGGGUCCCUUUACCUUUUACCUUUAAGCUUAGAUCUAACCCAACAGCAACCACUGAGCACAUGGCUCCUGAUAUGGUCAUCUUUCAAGAGAAGUGAAAGAGACCCAGAUGUUUGUCCCCUGCUGUUUCUUGAGUUAAGUAUCAAUCACUUUUUAUUUCGCAGACCUACAUCUAGAGAUGAUGAAAGGAAAAAGGAGAAGGAAGAAAGGAAGAAAUCAGAGAAAGAACAAAAGGAGAAAGAGAAAAAAGAGCAGGACAUAAGGAAGAAGUUCAAAGUAAGGCUUAAACUAGCAAUUAUUUUUUUUAAAAAAAAACACUUUAAUGAAAACAAAUACAUUAUCCUUUAGCAUUGUUAAAGUUACUCUGUUUGAAGAGAUGGGGGAUAAAUUCAGUUCAGUUCACAUUAACAGGUGAACCUAUUUAAUUCGCACUUCCUGAAACAGCAAGCAAAUAGACAGCCUCCCUUCAAAAUUUGCACUUCUCUAAAUCUUGCAGUGUAAUUCUCCAGGAGACUAAUGUGUGAAAAAAAUCUAUAUACUACAGUAAAGAGUGCAUAUAAAUGCAUGCACUAGUGAAAUUAACAUUAAAAAAUGCAUUCCAUUAGGGAAAAUUGCUUUGCAAAAAUGCAUAAAGGUAAAGGUAAAGGGACCCCUGACCAUUAGGUCCAGUCAUGGAUGACUCUGGGGUUGCGGCACUCAUCUUGCUUUAUAGGCCGAGGGAGCUUCCGGGUCAUGUGGCCAGCAUGACUAAGACGCUUCUGGUGAACCAGAGCAGCGCACGGAAACGCCGUUUACCUUCCCGCCGGAGUGGUACCUAUUUAUCUACUUGCACUUUGAUGUGCUUUCGAACUGCUAGGUUGGCAGGAGCAGGGACCGAGAAACAGGAGCUCACCCCAUCGCGGGGAUUCAAACCACCGACCUUCUGAUCGGCAAGUCCUAGGCUCUAUGGUUUAGACCACAGUGUCUUUAUAAUUCCAUUGCAAAAAUGUCUGAAACAGUGAUGGGGAAUAGCAGGUCCAGGGGUUGAAUGUGGGUCUCCAGUCCUCUCUACUUAGCAUCAAGACUCAGUUCUCCUUAGGAUACAUCUUGUUUCCCUGACUGACACUUCUUUGUGCCCUCAAGUAGACGCGAUUGCGAUAAUGCCUCUUGCUUGCCUGUGACACCUCUGACUUCUGUGCAUCUGGAAUCAAAUCUGGAACUGUGUGUAAGAAUCACAUUGUGCCUCUGGCCAUACCCACUAUUUGAUUCUGGUCCAGAACCAGAAUGUUGGCAGUGAGAGAAUGCAACCCUCAGGCUGAAAAAGGUUCCUCACCCGAGGUCCCGACUCCAAUUUGUCAGUUGUUGUGGUUUGUCCAUGCCUGUUUCCCUCUCUCUCUCUCCCCCUUCUCUUGUACAGUAUUAAUCCUGACCAUAUGUGCAAUGCUGAUUUACACCCAUUUCUUAUCCUACUUCUGUGUAGCUCGUGGGCCCCAUUGAAGUCAUUCACCACGCCCGAGCUUGCACAGACUUCAAAGGAGGGAAGAACGAUCUGACGUUCAAGCAAGGAGAUAACAUCGAAAUCAUCCGCAUCACUGACAAUCCAGAGGGGAAGUGGCUGGGAAGGUCAAGAGGCUCCUGUAGGUAUAAAUUAUGCAAAUUUAAGAGAACUUAUUUUAAUAUGUUUAAUCAGAGUAAUUUAUUCUGAUCAGAAAAUUUGGGUUCACUCACCAUUUGGAGUAUUUGAAAUGUCGCUAGUCCACAAUUCUUGGCCCUUGAAGACGUAUUAGUAUAUUCGUUAAAAUACUUGAAACCUGCACAACAAAGAAACGAACAGCAAUUUGAUUUAAAAAAAUUGCACACCAUGCAAUGAAUACCAUUCUAUAUUGCACAGUGGUUUUUAAAGGGUGUGUGUGUGUGUGUGUUUAAUGCAGCCCUUAUGAUGUCUUGUUAUAAAGUUUAAAAGAAAACAGCUGCAUCUUAGUCAUGAAAUGUGUUGGGCUUUUGCUUUCUAGAUGGCUACAUUAAAACAACCAUGGUGGAAAUUGACUAUGAUUCGUUAAAGCGAAAGCCGCGGCCUUCUGUCAACAUUCAACUGAGGCAACCAGACAGUGACCAGGAAGUGUAUGAUGAUGUCGGGGAACAGGAUAGCGUCAGCAGGUAUGUCAAAAGGGAUGGCCACACCUGUGUCCAGUUCUAGUGUGGCUUGCAGUGCAAUCUAGCCCACCUUUCAUCAGAACAGGAAGUGAUAAGGAAAUAGUUGUUUAACAUUAGUAAGGUGAACAUUUAUUGUAAUUUCUUAAAAUGAAGUUAUUGUUACAUUAUUUUUAGAUUAGUAGUGGUCUGUAGGGCAAGGUGGUACAGGGAAAAGACCCCUGUACAGUUACGUUCAGUCCUCGAUAUAUUUCUGGACUACAACUCCAAUCAGCCCCAGUCCACAUAGCUAACUGGAAAGGAUGGUGCGAGUCCCAGCAAGAGCUGGAGGACACCAUAUUGGCAACCCCUGACAACAGGCCUGGUCCAGCAAAGCAAUUGUUACCUUAUUUAUUUAUUCAUGGAUUACCAGUUUGAAUCACAUUUGCCAUUUUCUAGGCAAUUACCUGGCUUUAUGUGGGUUAUAGAAUAUUGCAGACAUUUGGGUGUGGGGAAAAAACAUGGACUUUUCAGUGCAUUCCUAUAUGUGUGUGUCUUCUUUGGAUUUAAGUCCCACCAUGUUCAAUGGGGCUUACUCCCAAGCAAGUAUGUUAAGAACUGCAUUAUUUAUUGCGCUGUCUUCUCCUUUAACUUCAACCAUUUCCCCUCCUCUUUUUGUUUUCUCAUGGCCAAAGUGGAAGUCAAAGUACUGCAGGAGGUAAGUUCUGCUGUUCCUAUCUAUCCAAAUUUUGAGGUUUGUGGGUCAUGGGGCCCAUCUUUUAGCUACUUCCCAAGGUAUCAGUUGGGGUAUGACCAGGGUUUGUGAUAUCUACCAGCAAUCAGCAGACAAGCCAUAUAUAGUCAAAGAAAAAUAACAGUCCCCAAGCCUUCAUACUUCCUCCUUCAAUAUUCAUUUCUAAAUCAAUCCUGUAAGCACCAAGGUGAAUGCCACUUUCAAGAUUAGCAAAUCAAAGCUACAACUUUCUGAGACUCUUCCCCUCCAUCCCCGCUCCCCCAUCAGCACCAAGAUGACCCAGAAAGGCUUGUCCUCCUGCUAAAGCAAGCAUGGAAAAGCCAAGCUCUCCAGAGGUCGUUGGACUCCAAAUCCCAUCAGCACCAGCCAGCAUGGUCAAUUCUCAGGGAUAAAGGAAGCUGUAAUUGAAAUAGUGCAAACAAUAUCUCCUGGUUUUUUUCAGUAGAAGCAGUACAUACCGUUGAGGAUUGUUGUUGUUCUUAUUAUUGACAUAGCUGUCAACAUUUCCCCCUUUUUAAGGGAAAUUCCUUUAUUCCGAAUAGGAUUCCUCGCAAGAAAGGGGAAAAGUUGACAGUUAUGAUUAUUGAUAAUUUCAGUAUUAAUGUUUUAUUUUACUUUAUGUGCAUUUUGGAGGUAAGUAGCCUAGAGACAGUUUGCAUUAGGCGACAUAAACUGAAACAAUAAUAAUCGAAGUAGUAGUGAUAAUAAUACUACUCUGCUUUUGCCUUUUUAAAAAUUUUAAACAGGAUUCCCUCCUCCUCCUCCUCCCUCUGAUGACGUUUAUGAUGGGAUCGAUGGCGAUGAUGAUGCACAAACAAGGUAAGCAUUAACAGCCAACAAAAUAGUGAAAAGCAGAUGGAGAAUUCUUGUUUAGUUCUUGUUUAAAAGAUUAUCUCAGGGUAAAAAUAUUAGCCCUCGAUUAAUGCAUGAUAAAAUGGUAUCAGCUGGGUAGGGAGUGUGUCUUAGAAUGGUGUGGAGAUAAUGUUUUUACCAUGGAAUUAAUUGCUUUGGGUGUUGUUUUAAUGAGUCUUUACUGUUUUCAUCUCCUUCACAUGGAUUGUAUUAAGGCAUAGCCUUUUUCAGCUUCUUUAAUUCUCAAGCAGGAGCCAGUAAGCCAGAAUCUGAAGCAUGGACAGAUGUUUGUGUGGCAUCAAAACAAUGGCACAUCUGACUCUUUAGACCCUAGUUAUCCCUUCAUUAUAUAUUCACCCUCCAUAGAAAUCCACACUGAUGCUGGUGAAUUGCUCUGAUCCUGGGAUCACAGAUUAGAGUCACAGGGCAGAUCAGGAGGUCCAUGUACUAAGAACUUGGUCCAGCUGUGUUUGUAUGAGGCUCACACUUCAUGCUGUUGCAAAAGUCGGGUGCCUUCCCCUCUCUCUGCUGAGUGGUGACAAAGAGCCCAUGGGGUUCCAUGCACUCACCUAGGGUCUGUGGCCCUUUGGAGAAUUGAGACACGGUGGAGACAGUCAUAGCUUUAAUAAAUGUUAUUUAUUUGCCUAUUUACACCUUCGGAAGGGGAAGGCUGGCACUGUGGGUUAAACCACAGAGCCUAGGACUUGCCGAUCAGAAGGUUGGCGGUUCGAAUCCCCACAACGGGGUGAGCUCCCGUUGCUCGGUCCCUGCUCCUGCCAACCUAGCAGUUUGAAAGCACGUCAAAGUGCAUGUAGAGAAAUAGGUACCGCUCCGGCGGGACGGUAAACGGCGUUUCCGUGCACUGCUCUGGUUUGCCAGAAGUGGCUUAGUCAUGCUGGCCACAUGACCCGGAAGCUGUACGCCAGCUCCCUCGGCCAUUAAAGCGAGAUGAGCGUUGCAACCCCAGAGUCGGUCACGACUGGACCUAACGGUCAGGGGUCCCUUUACCUUACCUUUAUUUACACCUUCAGUCUGCAAGGAGGAAUUCCAGAUCUUACAGCAUGUUCCUUUCAAGAGGGACUUGUACCCCACAGCAGCGCUUGUACCCUACAGCCAACCACCCUCCUUCCUCCUCCUUCCUCCCAGCAGCCCUUGCUCCCAGACUCCCUUUUCCUGUCACCUCAAGCAUACAGUUUCCUGGCAACCUUUCAAACCCCGAUAUCCUUCACACCUCAAGGGGGAGGGAGGAGUUCUCCUGUAUUGCAAAUAAUAAUAAUAAAUUUUAUUUAUAUCCCACCCUCCCCAGCCGAAGCCGGGCUCAGGGCGGCUAACAACAAUAAAACAGUACAAAAGUACAGCACAAACAACACUCUAAAAUCAUUCAUUAUAAAAUUAAUUAAUUCAAGCCACUGGCAACCAUUGGGCCAGAGCUCCUCGAAGAUUGCCGAGGGAGGGAGUCAGGCUGUGCCCUGGCCAAAGGUCUGGUGGAACAGCUCUGUCUUGCAGGCCCUGCGGAAAGAUGUCAAGUCCCACAGGGCCCUGGUCUCUUGUGACAGAGUGUUCCACCAGAUCGGAGCCUCUAUUGUUCUUUGAUGGCCUCAGCUCAGUCAGGUUGUUCUGCAUAAGCUAGCUCAGGAAUUCCUCUGCAGCUUGUAUUGUCCCUCCAUAUCCCAAACAAUCAAAAUCCUAGCCUUUAUCAAUUUAUAGGAUUUAGGGGGUUCAGCAUUUAAUUUUUUGGGCUGUUGUUGUUGCUGCUGAUGUGAAUCCAAUGCCCCAUCCCAAAGUCAUUUCAAAUAUCUUGUGUUUCAAUCUGCAAUGUGAUAAUUGCGUGCAUACUCCAAAGGUCUGUGCCACAUGGUGAAGAUAAGAGUGACUCCUGGCCCCGUGGGCUUUUGAAGAAUCUGUUGAAGGGAAAAGAUUUCCCCAAGAGAAGUAUACGAGAGGCAGCAACUAAAAUCAAUGUGACAGAAGAUAAUGGAGGUUCCUCGUAAGAGACUGCUGUGAAAGAAAGAAAAAUAACCGGUUCACUAAAACUAAUAGCUAAUAUACGUGUUGAUCAUGCGCUACUAACAGCUUCUCACAGCAGCCUAACCAGCCACAUAAUCGUACCACACGGCAGAUAACCAAAGCUAUGAAACCACCACAUCCCUUUUCAAAGUUGGCCCAUGCUCUGUCCUUGAAUACCUCUUAGCUUAAGUCAUAGGUACCUGUUUGCAGAAACAGCUUCACCAUGAGGCGAGGUAAGAUGGCCAACUCAGGUGGCAUUACGGGUGGCAGAGUUGGAAGUAGGCAGAUCUGGCCCAUGGAAUAAAAUCUGUUGGCUUUGUGUGUCUCCUAUUUAUUUCAGUGGGAUCUGCAGAGAGAAACUUCCUGGUAGAGCAUGACGCAUGAUCAUCAAUGGAAAGUGGGGAUUACUCUGGAUUCUACCUCAGGGACCUAAAUGUCUUUGGCUGAAGCUAUGUCUGAAAAGCUAGGUCAUGGCCCAAAUUUUGUUCCAUCGCCGGCAAUUUUGUUGAUGUGAUCCAGUCUUACCCAUGACAAACAGUUUAUAAUUUCACAUAUUUAAGGGACAACAAAUUAGUUGCAGUUGAAUAUGUGAAGGAAAGCACACCCACACGCCCUUUGUUUUUGUUAUCCAAGAUAAAGUGGCUUCAACAAUUCUUCCUUUUGUUAUGAUGUACACAGCCAUAUCCCCAUAAUCGUUUAUAUCCUGGGAUAGGAACUGAUCAUCUGAUUGCAGUGCUUAAUGAAAGUUAUUAUUUGUUUGUUUCUAGCAGGACUUCUUCAGCAAAGCAAAUAGGAAAGGGUAAGUAAUAAGAUCAAAAACAUGAAGCAAUUAUUAAACUGUGAUUGAGUUCCUAUACCGUAUUUUUCGCCCUAUAGGACGCACUUUUUCCCCUCCAAAAAUGAAGGGGAAAUGUGUGUGCGUCCUAUGGGGCGAAUGCCGGCUUGCAGAGAGCUGCCUGCACCCCGAAGCCUGGGGCAUGCUGAGCUCAGCGCCCUUUGGGCUCCGCACGGCUCUCUGCAAGCCGUGGGAGAGCUGCGCGAAGUCGCACAGCUCUCCCACCUCUUGCGGAGAGCUGCCUGCACCCAGAAGCCUGGGGCACGCUGAGCUCAGCAUGCCCCAGGCUUCGAGCUUCGCGCAGCUCUCUGCAAGCCUUGGUAAUCCAGCUCCUGAGAGGCUUUGUAGGGAAGGAGCUUUUAUUUAUUUGGUGUUUUAUAUAUUUGGGGCUUCCCAGUAGUGAUGUAUGGAAGUGAGAGCUGGACCACAAAGAAGGCUGAUCACCAAAGAAUUGAUGCUUUUGAAUUAUGGUGCUGGAGGAGACUCUUGAGAGUCCCAUGGACUGCAAGAAGAUCAAACCUCUCCAUUCUGAAGGAAAUCAGCCCUGAGUGCUCACUGGAAGGACAGAUCCUGAAGCUGAGGCUCCAAUACUUUGGCCACCUCAUGAGAAGAGAAGACUCCCUGGAAAAGACCCUGAUGUUGAGAAAGAUGGAGGGCACAAGGAGAAGGGGACGACAGAGGACGAGAUGGUUGGACAGUGUUCUUGAAGCUACCAGCAUGAGUUUGACCAAACUGCAGGAGGCAGUGGAAGACAGGAGUGCCUGGCGUGCUCUGGUCCAUAGGGUCACGAAGAGCUGGACACAACUAAACGACUAAACAACAACAAUAUUUGGGGCCUGAGUUGCAAUGAUUAUAUAUUAUUUUUCAUUUUUUAAAAAAACAAACAAACAACCCACCACUUUCUGAUUUCAGAUUCUGGAGACAGUGAUGUCUAUGAUGAUGUAGAGCCAACUGACUUCCCUCCUCCGCCAAAAGAACUUAGGUGAGUGAACAUAUAAAACAAGGAUGUGUGUAAUGGCUACUGAGGGAUGGGGAGACGCUGAUCUGUUUGCUGUUAGUCAAGGGCCUCACAACACGUGUUAUAAGUGACAGGAUUCACAGCUAUGAUGCGGGUUUCUAGAACGGGUCAGCAAACUUUUUCAGCAGGGGGCUGGUCCACCGUCCCUCAGACCUUGUGGGGGACUGGACUAUAUUUCGAAAAGAAAAGAAAAAUGAACAAAUUCCUAUGCCCCACAAAUAACCCAGAGAUGCAUUUUAAAUAAAAGCACGCAUUCUACUCGUGUAAAAACACCAGGCAGGCCCCAGAGACGCAUUUUAAAUAAAAGGACACAUUCUACUCAUGUAAAAACACGCUGAUUCCCAGACCGUCUGUGGGCCGGAUUUAGAAGGCGAUUGGGCUGGAUCUGACCCUCGGGCCUUAGUUUGCCUACCCAUGUUCUAGAACUUUAAAUACCAGACACAGCUUAGGGUGAAGCGAGGAGAUUGAAACUUCUCUUUGCAACUCUGCAAACCCAGACGCUUAGAAAGUUUGUAUGAGUUUUAAUUUGCUUUAGCUUAUUCUAUCGUGGUUUUACCCUUUUCUGUAUGCUUUAAAUUGUGGUUGCGGAUUUUUAGUGAUGAUUUUAUUGUCUUGUGAUUUUUUGGAAAGCACUUUGAGGGUCCCCCCCCCCUUACAAUCAAGCAGUAUGUAAAUUUUAUGAAAUAAACAAACAAACUGGCAAGUAUUAACCGCUCUCAAUCUUAACCUGAUAACUGCCAUUUGUCCAUAUUUUAAUUUGUCUGAAUUAAUUUUAAGAUGUAUUUUAAUUAAUUGAUGCCUGUUUUUAUGUAUACUGUGUUAUUUAUAUGAUCUUAGCUGCACUGAGCCUGGCUCCGGUCGGGGAAAAAAUAAAAUUUAUUAUUAUUAAACUGUGAUCUUGGUAAAACAUGCCCUCUGCCACUUCGCUGUGAUUUAUCAUUAGAAAAUCGCCUUCUGUUGGGUCAGUGAAAUACUAAUUGCCUUGAAGGGGAGGGAAAAUUUAAAUAUCUGUUCCAUGCAUACUGCAUUCUUGAUUAAAUCCUCCACCACAUUUGGUGUUUAAUUUUUUUUAAAAAAAACCUAACGAUGUCAUUAACAAAAGGUUAAUUAUGAAACUUUAAUAAAUAUCAUUUCAAAAACAAAAAAACCCCAAAAGGUUAAUUAAUUGUUUAAUUAAUUAGCUUGUCCUUUAGCUAGGCUUUGACAACCAAUAAAAUAAAAACAAACCUAAUCUUUAUAUUGGCGAUCUUGAUUUUUCUUCCUCUUCUUCUCCUUCUGUUUUGCAACCUGACGCUUUAGCAUAACAAAGGCCCUGAGCAUUGCGAGAGCCAAAUCAGAUGACCGUGAUUCGCAGAAACUCAAGAAGAUGGAGAAAGAAGAGAAAGAGUUCCGAAAGAAGUUUAAAGUAAGACCUUGGUUUCUUAAAAUUGUUUCUUAAGGCAGCGGAGCUAAUGGCAUAAACCAGAGCAAUAAAACUAUGCAAAACACUAAAACAGCAUAAAACACCAAUCAAAAUGAGAAACAUGUCCAAUUUUGUGAAAUUGCCACAGCCACAAAUCACAUUACAAGCCUUAAUGAGGUUUACAAAAAAAAUAAAAUAAAAAUAAUAAUAAUCCCAGUUUUAGCUCACCUGCCUAAAAUUAAUUUGGCAGAUUUCUUGUGACAGAAGGACAGAGUGCUUUAAUUGUGCCAGCCUAAAUUUCCCAGUGGGACACGGGUGGCGCUGUGGGUUAAACCACAGAGCCUAGGGCUUGCCAAUCAGAAGGUCGGCGGUUCGAAUCCCUGCGACGGGGUGAGCUCCCGUUGCUUGGUCCCUGUUCCUGUCAAUCUAGCAGUUCGAAAGCACGUCAAAGUGCCAGUAGAUAAAUAGGUACUGCUCCGGCAGGAAGGUAAACAGUGUUUCCGUGCGCUGCUCUGGUUCGCCAGAAGUGGCUCAGUCAUGCUGGCCACAUGACCCGGAAGCUUUACGCCGGCUCCCUCAGCCAAUAAAGCGAGAUGAGCACCGCAACCCCAGAGUCAGUCCACGGCUAGACCUAAUGGUCAGGGGUCCUUUUACCUUUACCUUUAAAUUUCCCAGUAGGUGCUGGAAUCUCUCCUAUAAAAUACUGAAAUUUUGAAAGGGCCCCAUCAUGGGGCUAACAGUGGUGUGUGGGUGUGUGAAAUUUACAGUCUCUCUGACACAGUGUUGCUGUACAGAUUUUUUUAAAAAACCCUGUGGCUGCUUUGACAUAAAACCAGAAGGGAAAAACAGGGAGGGGGAUCAAAAUGGGCUGCUCUUUUCCAUAUUACUGCUGUCCGCUGCCAUUUUGUUUCUGGCCCCAUUCCAAGGUGCUCGCAAUGGUGUUCAAAGUCCUAAACAACCUAAGCCCCAGAUGCGUGACAGAUAGCCUCAUUUCUUCAGGCCCUCUUGAGUGUUUAGAUCAGGGGUCAACAACCUUUUUAAAACCGUGGGCCGGUCUACUAUCCCUCAGACCAUGUGGUGGGCCAGACUGUAUUUUUUUUGGGGGGGGGGGAAUGAACAAAUUCCUAUGCCCCACAAAUAACCCAGAGAUGCAUUUUGAAUAAAAGGACACAUUCUACUAAUAUAAAAACACACUGAUUCCCGGACCAUCCGUGGGCCGGAUUGAGAAGGUGAUUGGGCCGCAUCUGACCCACGGGCCUUAGGUUGCCUACCCCUGGUUUAGAUGAGCAGAGAGAGCCCUUUUGGUAGUUCCACCUCCUACAGAGGCAUGCGGGUGGUGCUGUGGUCUGAACCACUGAUCCUCUUGGGCUUGCUGAUCAGAAGGUUGGCAGUUCAAAUCUCUGCAACGGAGUGAGCUCCCGUUGCUCUGUCCCAGCUCCUGCCAACCUAGCAGUUUGAAAGCACACCAGUGCAAGUAGAUAAAUAGGCACCGCUGUGGCAGGAAGGUAAACGGCGUUUCCAUGUGCUCUGGUUUCCAUCAUGGUGUUCUAUUCCGCCAGAAGCGCUUUAGUCAUGCUGGCCACAUGACCCGGAAAGCUGUCUGUGGACAAACGCUGGCUUCCUCAGCCUGAAAGUGAGAUGAGCGCCACAACCCCAUAGUUGCCUUUCACUGGACGUAACCGUCCAGGGGUCCUUUACCUUCUACUUCCUUCAGAAGUUUGUGGAGUGUCCUGCAGGAGGGUGUUAUCUGUGGCAGCCCUUAAGCUUUGGAAUUCCCUCCCCUCACAGGUACAUUUGGCACCGUCACUAUUCAGCCUGGUCAUAUGCUGAAGACAAGUCUCUUUGCCCUCGGCCAUUGACACUUGAGACAUGUGCUUUUAGGACCAGCCUAUUCCUGUGACUGCGAUUUGUUUUAACUGUUUUAAAUUCUGGAUUUUAAACUGCUGUAACCCACUUUGGAACCUGCUAGUGUAAGAAAUCCAACAAAAACAAUGCCAAAUGAGGAGGCUUUCUGAAUUUUAAAAAGCUGAGCUUCUGCCAUCAGGUUAUGGCCAUAAGUAUUCAGUGUGCACCCCGUCAAACUCAGUGUGUUUUACUUCCUUGUGGACUAGAUUUUUAAUUCAAAAUGUUACACAAUGACAAGAAAGCUUUUACGAAAAUCUGUUUGGGGGAAUGAGCAUUUAUCUUCACUUCCCCUGGGGGAAAAUGUGUGAAAGUGGUGCACUUCCCCAUUCUAAAUACUAUCAAUGAAGCUCAUUAUGACUACGAGGGGAAGUUAUUGGUUGUCUCAGGAGAGCAUUUGAGGACUGGAUCCAGAGGAAGUGCAAACCGUAUUGUUUAGAUGGUUGCAUGUCAUUCACGUAGCACCUUCCUGUGAACAAAACCAGGUACAGUAUCUGUAACUGUAAUUAUUAUUAUUAUUUAUUUAUACCCCGCCCAUCUGGCUGGGUUUCCCCAGCCACUCUGGGUGGCUUCCAACAAAACACUAAAAUACAAUAACCUAUUAAACAUUAAAAGUUUCCCUAAACAGGGCUGCCUUCAGACAUCUUCUAAAAGUUUGGUAGUUAUUUUUGUCUUUGACAUCUAGUGGGUGGGCGUUCCACAGGGUGGGUGCCACUACCGAGAAGGCCCUCUGCCUGGUUCCCUGUAACUUGGCUUCUCGCAGCGAGGGAACCGCCAGAAGGCCCUCGGCGCUGGACCUCAGUGUCCGGGCAGAACGAUGGAGGUGGAGACGCUCCUUCAGGUAUACUGGACUGAGUCCAUUUAGGGCUUUAAAGGUCAACACCAACACUUUGAAUUGUGCUCGGAAACGUACUGGGAGCCAGUGUGGGUCUUUCAAGACCGGUGUUAUAUGGUCUCGGCGGCCGCUCCCAGUCUCCAGUCUAGCUGCCGCAUUCUGAAUUAGUUGUAGUUUCCGGGUCACCUUCCAAGGUAGCCCCAUGUAGAGUGCAUUGCAGUAGUCCAAGUGGGAAAUAACCAGAGCAUGCACCACCCUGGCGAGACAGUCUGCGGGCAGGGAGGGUCUUAGCCUGCGUACCAGAUGGAGCUGGGAGACAGCUGCCAUGGACACAGAAUUGACCUGUGCUUCCAUGGACAGCUGUGAGUCCAGAAUGACUCCCAGGCUGCGCACCUGGUCCUUCAGGGGCACAGUUACCCCAUUCAGGACCAGGGAGUCCUCCACACCCGCCUGCCUCCUGUCCCCCAAAAACAGUACUUCUGUCUUGUCAGGAUUCAACCUCAAUCUGUUAGCCACCAUCCAUCCUCCAACUGCCUCCACUGUAGGCCUUGCAUUCCUGUAGGCCAUACCUUUUCACUGGGUGACCACUUGUGGACCUAAAAUGGACAUACCUGUGUAAAAUCCAAUGCAUAUAGGACUGUAUUGUGUGGUCAAUUGAAGACCCUCACUGGAUUUAUCCUCCUCUUUCCACAGUAGUCAGCUAGGGGAUUCAACAAGCUGGGUGAGUGGGCAAUAACCCUCUCCCCAGGAACUGAUAUCCCAGAGACAAAACACCUCUGGCUUACCCACCAACAUUUCUCUGAUGACAAUAGGGACGUCCCAUCCACAAUGAUAAUGUUACUAUUUAUACCCCACACAUCUUACCAGGUUUCCCCAGCACUCUGGGUGCCUCCCAACAGAACACUAAGAUUAAAACUUCAAACAUUAAAAAACUUCCCUAAACAGGGCUGCCUUCAGAUGUCUUCUAAAAGUCAGCUUCCAACUUAUAUAAAAACACAACAAAUUACUAAACAUUAAAGAAAACUUCCCUGUAUAGGAUUGCCUUCAGACAACUUGGGGGGGUUGGAUAACUCCAUACCCUCCAACAUUUUGCCAGUGAAAAUAGAAACAUCCUGAGGAAAAGUGGGACAUUCCAGUAUCAAAUCAGAAACCGGGACGGUUUCUCUAAAUCAGGGACGUCCCUGGAAAAUGGGGACACUUGGAGUGUCUGCUCUGGUCCUGGAGGCAGUACAUAACCAUCAGGAUUCAUGGGUGUUGCUAGCAUUAUCCACCAUAAAUUUGUCUAAUCCCUUUCUAAAACCAGCUAAGUUGGUGGUCAGCCCUACCUGUUUUGGCAGUGAGUUUCCAUAGCUUAACUAUGCACUGUGUGAAGAAGUACCAUAUUUUUUGCUCUAUAAGACUCACUUUUUCCCUCCUAAAAAGUAAGGGGAAAUGUGUGUGCGUCCUAUGGAGCGAAUGCGGGCUGUGCAGCUAUCACACAAGCCAGAACAGCAAGGGGGAUUGCUGCUUUCACUGCGCAGGUAUCCUUCUUGCUGUUCUGGCUUCGGAGGUUCAGAAUAUUUUUUUUCUUGUUUUCCUCCUCCAAAAACUAGGUGCGUCUUGUGGUCUGGUGCGUCUUAUAGAGCGAAAAAUACGGUAUUUCCUUUUGCCUGUCCUGAAUCUCUUCACCAUUCGGCUUCGUUGGAUGGCCCUGAGUUCUAUUACGAUGAGACAAAGGGGGAAACUUAUCUCCAUCCACUUUCUUCUUCUUCUUUUUUAAAACUUUAUUCCAAAACCAAAAAAGAAUUACAAACAUCAAAUUCAAAAUCCAUAUUCGUUUUGUAACAUAAGCCUAUUACGUAGUUGACUAAAUUAAAAUAUACCUAAUUGCUAUAGGCUUCCCUUUGCUGUAUAUAAAUGCAAAGCAACUAGAAAUAUUAUACAGUGGUACCUCAGGUUAAUAAUAAUAAUAAUAAUACAUUUUUAUUUAUAUCCCGCCCUCCCCAGCCGAAGCCGGGCUCAGUACUUAAUUCGUUCCGGAGGUCCGUACUUAAACUGAAACUGUACUUAACCUGAAGUACCACUUUAGCUAACGCUGCCGCCGCGCCGCCGCGCUGUUGCCCUCCUGAAGCAAAGUACUUAACCUGAAGCACUAUUUCUGGGUUAGUGGAGUCUGUAACCUGAAGCGUAUGUAACCUGAAGCGUAUGUAACCUGAGGUACCACUGUAUUAUAAUUUUUUAUAAAUUCCCCUAUAGCCCCCACUCCCCUUCACCCAUGUGUGAUCUCAAUAUUUUUUUUACUUCUUCCAUCUUGUCGUGUUGUUGUAAUUUAAUAAUUAUUCAAUUGAUUCUUUUAUUAUUUCCUUGCUUACCCCUGCACUUUUACACAUUUAUCUAUUAAUAUUCCAGUUCUGGAACCAUAAAUGUGUGGCAAACCCCUUGCUAUUUCGUGACUGUUAAACACUUGCACUUUUAAGAGCAUUAUGACCCAAAGAUAGGACAGGCCUGCUGUGUGAAUGGGGACGGAAGUCAUAUUCUUUUGCUUCCUACCAGGCAUAAGGGCAUUAACAACCAUGGAAUCCUCUCUUAAAGCCAUCCAGGUUGUAUACAUCGUGUCUUCUUUCCCAGUUCUGUCCUCUGAGCAUCAGAUUUUUGUAGACUCCAUGCCAGCCCACCGGGUUUUGUUCUGGCUCACCUACACCAACAAUGCCAAUGGGCCCAGUAUCCUUGGGAUUUAAAAGAUAGCUUGAGCGUGUCUUGUUUGUAAGAAGAAAGGUGAAAUAUGAGUCGAGAGUGGAUUUCAUGCUCUUUAUUAAGCUCAUAGUGGUGAGGAGGAAUGAAUGUUCCCCCCAAAUAUCUGCUUUAUAUACAUUAUUUACACAAUGGGCUGCAUGUGAUUGACUAAUUCCGGGAUUCUCCUGUAGGCCAAUCUGGUUGUGGAUUCACUUCCACCUGGAGCUGGAUUGGGUGGCACCUGUGGACCAAUCAUACUGCUGCAUUGUUGUAGGACCAAUCAGACUGCUGCAUUCUGAAUCCUAUUGUCCUAGGAUCAAUCAGACUGCUGCAUUUUGGAUCCUAGUGUUCUAGGACCAAUCAGACUGCUGCAUUUUGGAUCUAUUCAACUCAGUACAUAACAAAAGUGUGGUUUUAACUUUGCACAUAAUGCUUUUUUGUUUGUGCAAUCAACCUUUAUUUUGAUUUUCACAGUAUGAAGGUGAUAUCCGAGUUCUGUAUACAACAACCAUAUCCCGAGCACCAUCUGCUAAGAAGAAAGGCUCAAAAGACUUACAAGUGAAGCCAGGAGAUUCGGUUGAGGUUAUAAAGAAUGUGGAUGAUACUAAAGUCCUGUGCAGGAAUGAAGAAGGGAAAUGUAAGUACCAAAACAUAAGGACAACCUGCUUUAUGGUACACAGAUAGCAAAAGGUCCAGAGGCUCUUUAUGUGUCCCAGAAAACUGGGAUCUAGAUAAACAUUACAAGCAAUUGCCCCAAAUCAUAUUCAGAUUAGUCAUAGAACUUACUCUGAGCAACUGCUAACAGAACCCUAAUUUCCCCUAUUAUUUUUUAAUAUAUCCUUGCAAAAAUCCUGCAUAUUUUCUUCUAUCCAGGGCAUGCCUUUGAAAGCAGGUUCAAGUAAUUCACUGUAGAAUUAAAUAAUACACUAGCUUCUGAAAUUAAACCCACAAAAUACUGUUCAAUGCACUUUAGUGCUGUUGAUUUUACUCAGUCCACCUUGAGUGAAACCAUGAUGCCUAAGUGACCUGCUAAUAGUUUCAGUGGGUGCAUAAAUAACUGCAAAAUUAAUAUACCAUGCAUGUGCAUUAUAGUUGAGGGAGUAAGCAAGGAGAGACAAAUAUAAGCUUUCUCUAAUGAGAGAUUGUUUCUGGGCUGCAAGGCUGCAAAACCAUUGGAUUCUAGAGGGCUGCAACCAGCCUUAAUAUGGCUCUGAUCUGAUCGUUGUGUUAGCAAUAGUAGUUUUGUUGCUGACUAGUUCACAUCCAGAACUAAACUAUCAAUAAAAACAGUUUGCCAGCAUGUUUUUGCAUAGAAAAGCCAGGUUCCAACAUUUUGUCAGGUUUUAGUGUCUCUAAGAAAUGACCGUAUGAGCAAUGCUGUGUGCAGCUGAGGAGGAGCAGGACUACAGAUAAAGGCUUAUGCUUAACUCUCAAUGGAUGGGGUCACCAAGAGCAGAAAAUAGGCUUGGUCUCCAGUGUAAAUGUCCAAUGUGGGACGCAGGUAGUGCUGUGGGUUAAACCACAGAGCCUAGGACUUGCUGAUCAGAAGGUCGGCGGUUCGAAUCCCCGCAACGGGGUGAGCUCCCAGUGUUUAGUCCCAGCUCCUGCCAACCUAGCAGUUCAAAAGCAUGUCAAAGUGCAAGUAGAUAAAUAGGUACCACUCCAGCAGGAAGGUAAAUGGCAUUUCCGUGCGCUGCUCUGGUUCGCCAGAAGCGGCUCAGUCAUGCUGGCCACAUGACUCAGAAGCUGUAUGCCGGCUCCCUCGGCCAAUAAAGCGAGAUGAGCACCGCAACCCCAGAGUCUGCCAUGACUGGAGCUAAUGGUCAGGGGUCCUUUUACCUUUACCAAUGUCAUUAAAUGUCAAAUAAAAGUGCUAAUCGGUUGCAGUGGAAAGUGUCGGAUAGCAUUUGCUUGAUGCAACACAAGUCGCAUCCGCACUAUACAUUUAAAGCUUAUUUAUACCACUUUAACCAUCAUGCCCCCUCCCCCUGAAAAAUCCUACAGCUCUCAGCUGCCUUAAACUAUGGUUCCCAGGAUCCUUUGAGGGAAGCCAUGACUGUGGUAUAAGGGUACAUAAAUAAGAAUGAGUUAUCAAUAAAUACCUAACGUUUUCUAACUUUCCAGCAAACCCUGUGCAAACAUGUCUGAAUGAAUGAUCAAUAAACAGCCCACAAGACCUCUUCUUCUUCUCUCUCCCCCUCUCCUCAGUGAGAGUAUGGGUUGUGGAAUGACAGGAAUGUGGAGUGGGGCUUGUGACCUUUCACUUUAUCUGCCUACAAAUGUCUUAGAAAGGGGGAAGAGGUAGCAUUCCCCUGAGGACUCACAAAGGAUGUCCGGUCGCUUCAGCCAACAACAUGAUAUUUUUUGAUGAAGGAUAAGGAGAUCAUCCCAGUGUCUUCCUGGGCAAAGAUUCCUCUAAUGCAGAUUAUAAAAUAAAGGCAAAUUUCCUUUAUUUUUCUAUAUAUCCAAGAAGAAACAUUCAGGCACAUUCAAUUUCCAUGCAUAUUAUUGAGACUCUCUUCCUGCAAUGCACAAACCCCACAUUUAUGUCCAAAUGUGUAUAAUGAAACUGUGGCAAUUCUCAUAAUUGCUGUAACCUAGAUUUUUAAGAAUUUAUAUAUAUUUAAAAUAUUAGGUGCUGCUAUUGGAUUUUGCCCUUCUUUUCAUUCCCCUCAAAGCAGAUCAGCCAUACGAGAGCAGAAAACUAUUUAAAAUCCCGCCCCCCCACAACCAGGCAUUCUUCGCAUUUUUUUUGAUAGUGAAACUAAUGACAGAUGAUGUGGCUUGGCUAUCUGCAGAACAACUGAGCAAACUCCACCCUCUCUCACAAGGCCUGAACAUCUGCCUUGUCAGCUUCCACAGAAAUUGUCGGCAGCUGAGGGGGUUCGUUAUUAUUUCUGGUUUCGUAUCCCACCCUUUCCCAGAGGCUCAGGGUAAAAUGCAGCAUUUGAAAUCUUUAAAAAAAUAAGAAUAACCAUAACCAAUCCCCGAGCCAUCGCUCAGCCAGUAAAAUAGCUAGGAUAUAAGGUUGCCAUUUCCAGCUUUUUUGCCCGGCCCUAUUGUUAGGCAGUGUGAAGUGCCUGCCUCAGGCCACAGAUACUAGGAGAUGGGGAUGUGAUGAAGGGCAGAGCUGGGUGUGCAACAUGUGGCUUGUCCUGUGAAUCUUAAAUGCCCUCCAGGCCCGCUCCACCCAAAUGUAACCAAGGAUGUUGUCCUGUUACCCGUGUGUUGAAGUAAGACCCAUCUUCUGUCCAUGAAAUUCUGAGAGAGGGGCCUUUUUUCCUUCCUCUUGGGUAGCAAAAUGCCUUGGGAGCAGCUGUGCUUUGCUUGGGCCAAACUAAGUAAAGGUAAAGGUAAAGGGACCCCUGACCAUUAGGUCCAGUCGUGACCAACUCUGGGGUUGCAGCGCUCAUCUCGCUUUAUUGGCCGAGGGAGCCGGCGUACAGCUUCCAGGUCAUGUGGCCAGCAUGACUAAGCUGCUUCAGGCAAACCAGAGCAGUGCACGGAAACGCCGUUUACCUUUCCACCGGAGCGGUACCUAUUUAUCUACUUGCACUUUGAUGUGCUUUCGAACUGCUAGGUUGGCAGGAGCAGGGACCGAGCAACAGGAGCUCACCCCGUCAUGGGGAUUUGAACCACCGACCUUCUGAUCGGCAAGUCCUAGGCUCUGUGGUUUAUCCCACAGCGCCACCUAUGUCCCGGGCCAAACUAAACCUCAUGUUAAAUGUGCACUUGCAUUUAAUGUGAGCUUUUCCUUCUAACUAAUAGGCAUGAGGCAAUCAGGAUUUGGACAAAGACACCCGUAGAAGGAGGUUUAACCUUUUUAAAAAAAUAUUUUAUUUUUUUACCAACCACCAAAACACAAACAGUGAAACCCCCCAGGCAGCUGAUACAUUGGGUAUUCAAUAUUCAAUAAUAUACAUAUUCAAUAAUAGCAUAUUCAAAUCAACCAUAUGUACACUUCUAUAUACCUUAACACUCCUCCUUCCACAUGUUUUAUUUAACUUUUAACAUUUUAAUUGCCCCAAAUUGUUCAAACCUACUCAAAUAAUUCAAUAUCUUCUCAAACCAAUCCUCUUCUUUCUCACCAACCUUAAACUCUUUCAUUCUAUGUAGCUUCACAGUUAGGUAUUCUAAAAUUAUAAUAUUAUUCAGUUUUUUCCUCCAUUGGUUCACCCCUAGCUCUUCUGCAUUUUUCCAAUUACUCGCUAUAACCUGUCUGGCUGCAAUUACCAUCAAUUUUACCCAUUUGCAUUCCUCUUUUGUUUUUAACUCAGUACUACUCAGGGUAAUAAGAAGCAUUAAUUUAGUUAUGUCCACGUUCCUUCCCACAAUUCCCGAUAUUUCUAUACCAAUCUGUUUAACAAAAUUCAUUAACAGACAAUCCCACCACAUAUGACUUUACGUUCCCAGGAGGUUUAACCUUUUAUCCCAACUCUUUCCCCGGUGAAAUAUUCCACACAAAAGGAAGCAGCUUAUAAGCUGUGGGAGGGAAGUUGCCAAAUCCUGAGGCUAAUAGCAGCAUUGGGGAGGUGGACCAUUGAAGGGAUGGAAGGAGACACCCCCUCCCCACAUCCCUUCAUCGCUUCAUCGCUUUGGGAAGACCCAGGGCUUUAAUUUGGAAGGAGGAAAGAAAACUGGACAAGUUAGGCUGUGUACAUAAAGCAAAUCCUCCCUGCCCCCAAAUCCUAGCAACUGCAGUGUGUUAAGGGUGCUGGGAAUUGUAUCUCCCUAAGGAGCAAACUACAACUGCCAGAAUUUAUGUAUUUUUUCAAAUUUAAUUCUUUAUUGAUUAAAAAUUUACAUAUCUAUACAAACAUUAUAUGCUACCUCUUUACAAAUGAGGAAAAAUAAAAUUAUGUAGAGAAUUGAAAAUUUCUAAAGGAACAAAAAAGAGGAAAAGGAAAAAAAAAUUAAGAAAUAACAAAGAUACGAAGUAAAAACAAAUUCUGUCAUGUUGUGAGAGGAUUUGCUUGUUCGCUUUGAAGAUUUAUCUCCUGACUUUGGCCCAAAGAAUGAAGCUAAUUGGCUGAGAAUUACAGAAGUUGGAAACAAAAGUGAAACAAUUACAAAUUAAAUAAAGCAUAGCACAGUCGGUUGCAUGUUGGUGUCAGUGGCAGGGUCAGGGAGAUACUGCAAGAUCUUGCUGGAAAUUGAUGCCAGCAAUGGGGCAGGCAGGGUGCCCAUGCCUUGGGAGACAGCUGCUUCACCCUACCCUACUAGCCCUGCCCUUCUGGCUGCCAGUUGUGCUUGGAUAUGCUACCACUCAGAUCCCCUGGGCAGUAAACAAUGAAAUACACUGUAUUUUUCGCUCUAUAAGAUGCACUUUUCCCCUCCUAAAAAGUAAGGGGAAAUGUGUGUGCAUCUUAUGGAGCGAAUGCAGGCUGCGAGGCUAAGCCAGAAGCCAGAACAGCAAGAGGGAGCGCUGCACAAUGCUCCCUCUCACUGUUCGGGCUUUGCCGUGUGAAGCCUCCGCAGGGCAGCAGGAAGCCUUCAUCCUGGCUUUUGUGGGAGGUGGGGGAAGGGAUAGAGCACGUGGCUCUGUCCCUUCCCCCACCUCCCAGAAAAGCCCCCAAGAGUUGCCCUCCCUUUAAAGAGUGCACGGCUCUUGCGGGAGGUAGGGGGGAAAGCCAGGAGGCUUGCUUUCGCUGAAGCCAGGAGGGCAAGAGGGAUCGAUGCGUACCAAUCCCACUUGCUCUCUUGGCUUCAGGGAUAGCCCUGCAAAGCUUUCUGAGCGAAGAUGGAUGAGCGCUCCCUCUUAGCUCAGGAUGCUUUGCAUUGCUUUCUUAUUUCUUGUUUUCCUGCCCUAAAAACUAGGUGCGUCUUAUGGUCCGGUGCAUCUAAUAGAGCGAAAAAUAUGGUAGUUCCACUGGGGCACAUUUGACUGCACAUCCCUCUCUUCUCCCCAUGCAUGCCCCUUGUUCUGUGGGCUGCCUGUCCCCUUUGGAAUAGAUGGAGGGGGGCAUAGGGAGAGGAGAGGGCGGGGAAGUCCUGUUGCACAAGCGGAAAAUCCUCAUGCUAGAGGAACUACUUUUUGGAUACUUCCCCCAUGACAAUCUAGUUUAUAACCCCCUGGAAAGAAACUUGCACCAUAUUUGGUACUCUGUUGCAUUGUAAAGACCCGUAUGUAGAGUUCUGGAUUUCAGGGUUUGCUAAUGUGGGUGGGAAGCAGGCAUUAAUCAUGCAAACCUCAAACAACACAAACAUCCCAGUGGUUUUUGCUUCUUUGGGUAGUGACAAUAUUGCAAUAACCACUUCACACACAAAAAAACAUAACAUGGGUUGUCUUUAAGGGACUUGCCAGCUCACACUCAAGAAAGACAUCCUCUCUAAACAACGCAAUGUGAUUUAUAUAUUUUGUGCAGCCUUGACACUAAAAAUCGAUGAUUUGCUCUGAAAGGCUUGCUAAUGGCAAAGAUUAUCUUGAUGCGAGACCGGAAAGGGGAAUAGAAUACAUUCGUUAUGAGCUCAUUUCCCCAAGGGAGUUGUCCUGAAGUUGUGGUAUUGUCCCUCCUUUACGGGGAAGUCUUCCUGUCUUGAAAUGAAUGACAGGAACUCAGGUUUCAAAGGCCACCGAGGGAGUUCCAUUAUCAGGUUCAGAAUGUUUGCCUUGCUGUUUUCAACUGCUGCUGUGGAAGAAAGAAAGUACAGUAUCAUUCAUUAUUCCUAUUUUUCCAGAUGGGAAACUGAGUCACAAAGGCUGCAAUGCGCAAGUCAAGCAUAGUCCUUUGAAAAGUCACUCUGAAGGAAGUUCUGAGUGAAAAGUUCUGAAGGAAGCGGGCCGUGGAAUUCUGCCAAGGCCCUUAGCACAGCAGGAACAUGACAGACAGAUUUUAUUUUUGUACUACAGCAGUGACAGUGGUGCAAUUGCUGAUUCUCACUUCCAUGCAGGAGAAAGCAGCCUUGCUGCAGGGCACAGAAUCCUGUCCCCUGUUUUUAAAAAUCAUUCUAGCGCUGUGGAUGACAAGAACGCAGCCUGCAGAGCAACAAAAGUCUGGGGAGGAGAAGAGGUUUUUUAAAAAAUUUACUCAGUGUUUAUUAAGGUUUAUAAUAGCAAGUUAAAAUAUUUCCAAGCUCAAUAGGUGAUGGUAUAGAAUACUCUUGAUGUACAUUUCUGAAAAUGCCUGUCGCAUCCAUUCAAACUUAUCCUGCUCUAGACAGUUUUUGCUCUGGCAGACAGAUGCAUGAGUCUUCAGUACACUGAUCAGCACUGAGUAUGCAUUUUCCUUUCCAAGUUUGCAAAACCAUCAAAAGAAAGAGGUCAAAGAAAGUGCAAUGCAUUGCUGUGGGGACGGAGGAGCAUCUUCUGUCCCUUUUUGCAAUGAGAAUCAUUGCGCAGCAUCACCUUUUCACUUUGAAGGCUGUAUCUGGGGCCUUAGGCUGCUAGCAUGUAGAAUUGUGAGUCACUGACUGGUAAGUUGUCAGUUACGAAAUGCAGCGGAGGCUAGUCCAUCAGGUUGCUGCCCCACCAGCCUUGGUCUGCUUGCCUCUUGCCAGGGGGUGGCUAUGCCUGUCAUUAGCGCCACCUACUGUUGGCCUCCCUGCCUUCCACCCUAUCAGUCCCAAUGGCAGCAACCAUCACUGAGAACAGCCUUUUGCGUGAUCUCUGGACAACGAUGGUAAAAUACAGAAACAAGCUUCUGAAUGGGUGGUGGUGAGGUAUUUGCUGAUUUUUAUUUCACAAACCAGUGCUUUAUACCUCCUAUAAUACGUACCUACCAUCUUCCUUUCAGAUAGCAGGGUGUCGGUUCCAGCUAAAUGUCAACACAUUUCACAGGCUAGGGGUAGAAUCCCUAGAAGGCACGUGUCCUUUCUGCAUUAUCGUUUUCACCUUCCUGCCUCGUGGUUUUCUUUCAGCUCAGAAGAGUGAUAUCAGCUUCAGCUGAUGAUAACUAUGUACCUAUAAUUUGAUUUUACAGAUGGUUAUGUCCGGAGAAGCUGCAUAGUGGAUGAGUAAGUGCAAUGUUUUCAUCUUGAAACUUUUUAUAAUACAGUAUGGUCAAAGCUAGUGAAACGGUUUUGCUUCCCAAACAAGGAACCCCACCCCACUACCACCCCGGCAACGCUAUGUAAAUGAAGACUUUCCCAUAGAAUAUUGCUAAGUUGUUCCUUUGGAAAAUGUCACAGAAACAAAAGAAAUUCUCAGAAUUUAAAGCCAGGUGUUUUUCCUGUUGAUUUUUUUAUAUAUAAGGAUAGUGUUAAUCAUCACGUUCAUUGUUUAUUGGCAUAAUAUAUUGGGUAAAAUCCACUCAGAAUUUAUCCUGUAUUGAAAUGAACAGCAUAUGCAACACAAUAGCUCAGUUGGUAGAGCAUGAGGCUCUUAAUCUCAAGGUUGUGGGUUUGAGCCCCAUGUUGGGUGAAAGAUUCCUGCAUUGUGGAGGCUUGGACUAGGUGACCCUCCUGGUCCCUUCCAAUUCUACAUUUCCAUAUUCAACAUGUCUUGCCCUGCACCUGUUGACCUGUUGCCCAAUUUCUUCUUCUUCCUCUUCUUCUUCCUCUUCUUCUUCUUCUUCACAUGCUGUCAGGGAACUGCCAUCGGAGCUAGAGGCGGAGGGAAGGCUCCAGAGGGAUGCCGGAGAGGGUCCCAGUAGGGAGAGAGGCAGCCCAUCUGCUGGGGAAGGAAAUCAGCGUAACACCAGUGGGGAAGGGGGGCAGAUGGGGGAAUCAGAGAGGAGGCUCCAAGACUCCUCGCCGGAGACCAGCGGAGAGAGUACGGGUCCUCCGCUGCCCACACCCUCCCUGCGCAGAAGGCUUCCGCGCAGGGAGACUAGGCGGAGACUAGGCGUCAAAGAACUUUUGUGCUGGAAGAAGUUCAAGAAACGCCCACUGACGGAUUCUGCCAGCGACUGAGACAGCCACGAAGCUAGAGGCUGUCCAGUCAGAAAGGGUUCAACCAGGUAACCUAGCCAGGAGUGGCGGCAACUUACGCACAAGCAACCCCUAAACCCAUUACACAUGCUUUAUCUUAAAAACAUUUGAAUGGUUUCUAAAACAAAUUAAUACCUUUUUAAAAUAUACCGUACUUUUCCGUGUAUAAGACUAGGUUUUUUUACUCUAAAAUAAUCUUUAAAAAUGGAAGUCGUCUUAUCUUCCCCCAUUUUCAUAAAUUUGAGUCCCCCAAAAUAGUUGUCGUGUUAUACGCAGGGGUGUGUUAUACACGGAAAAAUAUGGUAAGUGGGAUCUGACUCUAAGGGUUCAUCCUUUUUAAGGUUUAAUGUUUUACUGUGUUUUUAUACAUGCUGUGAGCUGCCCAGAGUGGCUAGGGCAACCCAGUCAGAUGGGCAGGGUACAAAUUAUUAUUAUUAUUAUUAUUAUUAUUAUUAUUAUUAUUAUUAUUAUUCACACUUCCACUUGACCUGCAUUUUGAUUCUUUUGUGUACCAAUUAAUUCCCCCCGGGUCUGAGAGCUUUCCUCAUUUUUCCAUGGCCGUGCCUUGUGAAAAUAUGAUCUUACCCACUGCAUAGGAUCUUAUCAGAUGCACAGAAAAGCCAGAAAAGAGAGGCUUUGCUUACCUGAGCUUCAAUUCAGGUAAGCUCAGGUUUUCUCAAGGCUCAGCCACAGAACAACGAGAGAAUGGACUGUGGUCAAAUGGUCCAUUCUCCAUGGAACAUGGUCAAAUGGACCAUGCUUUUCUAUAAGGCAACUUCCUCUGUUCCUAAUAUACGUAUGUGAAAGUGACUAAACCAAUUGAUUUUCUUUUUUCUUUCUAAACUUACAGUGAUGAAGAAAUAUAUGAUGAUAUCGCUGAUGAAGGUACGUUACACAUGUCCAACAGAAUUGUAGUGAUUUGGGAUUGAGUAAACAGAAGUAUUUUAUUUUGGUUGUGUUCUUUUUAUAACAAGGGUAGGCCUUUUUCAUACUGUAUUUACGUUUACAUUUCUCCCCCCCCCCCCACAGGCUGCAUAUAUGACAACGAUUAGCUGUGGAUUUCCCUUCAGCCUGAGCUUCAUCUACUCUGAAUCACCAAGUGGUUGAUGCAAGAGUGAAAUGUAUUCCUCACAUUGGUUGUUGUCUGCAUAGGUACAGCAAUUUGGUUAAGCUAUCUCGCCAGCUUCUGAACUGUAAAGCAGGUCUCACAAUGAAGGCAUUGCAAUAUUGAUGGGACAUGUCACUAUUUUCCUCGAUCAGGUUGAGGAAGCAAAUCUCCAAACCACUUCCCUCUUCCACCAGUAUGGUGAAUAUUAAAUUAUUCAGGCAACCACCCAGUUCUCAUUUUGCAAAUUUAUUUUGUUUGUUUCCUCAAAGCAUACACUUCUAAAAUAUUUCACAGAUGAAAUUAGUCACACUUCUGUGUACUUGAUAUACCCUGUUCUCACACCUGAAGCAUCCCCGGCCUAUUACAGCUCUUCUCUAUCAGUUAUACAUUGUGUUCAUUUGCUCACCAGUACCGUAUUUUUCCGUGUAUAAGACAAGGAUUUUUUUACUUGAGAGUAAUGUCCCUGCAGAUGAUGACAGCGGUCACGAAAUUAAAAGACGCCUGUUUCUUAGGAGAAAAGCGAUGGCAAACCUAGACAGCAUCUUAAAAAGCAGAGACAUUACCUUGCCAACAAAGGUCCGUAUAGUUAAAGCUAUGGUUUUCCCAGUAGGGAUGCAUGGAAGUGAGAGCUAGAUCAUAAAAAAGGCUGCUCGCCAAGAAUUGAUGCUUUUGAAUUAUGGUUCUGGAGGAGACUCUUGAGAGUCCCAUGGACUGCAAGAAGAUCAAACCUAUCCAUUCUUAAGGAAAUCAGCCCUGAGUGCUCACUAGAAGGACAGAUCCUGAAGCUGAGGCUCCAAUACUUUGGCCACCUCAUGAGAAGAGAAGACUCCCUGGAAAAGACCCUGAUGUUGGGAAAGACUGAGGGCACAAGGAGAAGGGGACGACAGAGGACGAGAUGGUUGGACAGUUUCUCAAAGCUACUAACAUGAGUUUGACUGCGGGAGGCAGUGGAAGACAGGAGACCAAAUGUCUGACCGCUGCGGGAGGCAGUGGAAGACAGGAGUGCCUGGCGUGCUCCGGUCCAUGGGGUCAGGAAGAGUCGGACAAGACUAAACAACUAACCAACAACAAUGUUUAAAAAUUGGGCUUGUCUUAUACACGGGUAGUGCUGAGGGGGGACGAGUGAUUGGUUGGUGCCGCAAGCCAGAGAUUGUCAAGGGUGGUAGUGCGAGUGAUUGGUGGCUGUGGAAAUGGCUCUUUUUUUAUUUGCUGUUGCAGCGGCAAUUGGGCGGGUGAUAGGCAGCUGCCGCCGGCGAGCGGUCAGACAUUUGGUGACUUUUGCGUUGUGUGUGAUAGGAAGCGUUAUUCAGGCAGGUGAGUGAUUCUCAGCAAUCCCCCCCAAAAAAGAAGCUCAACAACUCUGGACAACCUUCCCCCAUUUUCUUAAUUUUGAGUCCCCCAAAAUAGUCUUUUUGAGUCUUAUACACAGGGCGUGUUAUACACGGAAAAAUACAGUAAGUUCUGGCUUUAGAAGCGGGCUGCAUUAGCAAACUGUCCAUAGAAUCAUAGCCUUGUAGAGUUGGAAGGGAACACGAGUGCCAUCUAGUCCAACCCCUUGCAAUCCAGGAACCUAUCGCCCAACAUGGGGCUUGAACCCACAAUCCUGAGAUUAAGAGUCUCACGCUGUACCAGCUAAGCUAUCCUGCCCAUGAUAAUUUGGUUUGUAACAAGAACUGAACAAUCUUGAAACAAGUUCUCUUCGAGUGCAUUUAACCCCCACCCAUUCUUGCCUUGCUAGCUGUCUUGUCGCAUGAAACGAAGCAGCGUGAUGGCUUUUUGCAUGCAUGCAUAUUAAUUUGCAUCACACACAUAAAAUGCUCCGACAUUCUAGGCUCUAGAGAUUGGGACUAAAGCCUGAAGAAUUUUAAUGCAGCUCAAACUGAUAUAAAUCUUAAAACACAUCCCCAAUAUCUCUUCAAAAGGCAAAAUAAGGACAAAAUAGAGGCAGUUUUUUUCACCUCCUCCCACAAGAACAGACAGGUAGUGGAGAGGUAGGGGCUGUUCUGUUAAAUAUUGUUGGAACAUAUGCAAAUAUUCCUCUAUGACGGUCUGCAUGGCCCCACGUCCUCUUACUUGCUUUGAUCUACCUCUCCCUCCCCAAUAAAUGAACACUUUGAGAUGGACCAUUGGCUUUUUCAACUUCUAAUGCACUUUGCGGGGUGGGUGGGAUGGAGGAAGGACCUGGGCACUGUAUUGUUUGUUUGAACUGUUUAUAUCAGUUGUGCUGCAGAAUAUGUGAGAAAACACUUCAUACACAGAUCAGUCUCCAUCAUAAGAGAUUAGUCUCAUAUCAAAACAAGCCUCUGGCUUUGCUAGUUGACAGAAAAGACUGGGCGCAAAUGGUUCCUCAUGCAGCAAUACUUGUUCAGCAGACAAAGACCACACUACUUUGAGUGACAAUGAAUGUCAAAGUCUGCACAACGGAAAUUACAGGUUUUUAGUAGUAAAGGUUGCAAGAUGAUAGGGGUGUGUUUGCAUCCAUAUGCAUAAGUGGGUGCCAUAAUUAGCACUAAUGUGGAUCAGGAGAGAAGGGAACAGGGACGGAGUAGGUACCCUACCGACAGCUGAUAAACCGUUUUGCCUUUCAUGGGACUGGGAAUACCUGUUCAGAACUGGCAUCUGGGUCAGAUGAGAAACCACACAACACGCAAACACACAUGGAACACAACUGCAUGCACAGUUUCUCACUGUAGAGAUACAUGCGCUGAAGCUCCUUGCUGACUCAGAGUGACAGAGGAAAUGUACCGCCCUCACAGAUAACCAAGGAAUAUGUUUUCUAAAAUUAACUUAUUGUGCUUGGUACAAAACAAAACUUCUGUGGAGUGUUUUCAUUGAACAAUCAUGAAUGUAAUUUAUGUCGUUUUCAAUCCUUUAUUUUAUGCUGCGUUCUGAGAUUCCAGCCUUGGCACCCAUCACUUAAUUAUAGUAGCAUCUUGUUAUGCUAAUAUAUAUUAAUCUUGUGUUUUUAUUCUCUAUAGAUUUUGUUUUACAUUUUCUCAUGCUUUGGGAAACAUUAAAGAUUUUAUGGGUUUUCUAAACGGCA